AUGAAUUGCAUUUUCAGAUUGGCCCUCCUCGGCCUCUGUAAGCGGGGAUCUGCUGCCGAAGCCCUCGCUGCCUUUGUGAGUCCGGAGGGUGGGGGGGGCAGCCGUAUCGGAGCAGUUACUGGGGUAAGUGGAGCACUGUCUGUUGGCGGGUCCCUGCAUAGAGUGGGGUGGGAAGCAGGCCUGGUACAGCGAGAGCGAGCAUGGAACUUCCCUGAUACAAAGUAUCAGCGUGCUACUCUGCCCGGGUUCGGAUAGAACGUGCCCGGCUCAGGAAGUAGAUUCCAUGGACACACAACUUUGUGUGGAUCAAGCUGGCCGCUGGACAGCCUCGGGGACGGUGUACUUCAUAUCUAGUGCAACCCCCCCCGCCCCCUCCUCCCUUAUAACCUCCAGGGCUUCACGGGAAAACACCCGAAAUCCAUGCUGGGGCCUGCGAGCCCUUGCUUCCUAUUUACAGAGGCCUAGCUGGCGCCCCCUCCCAUGCUGUGAACGGGUUAACCUGCCCCCUGGUUUCAUUAUGAGUUGGUCUGGAACCAUUAUUUUACUAGGAAGUUGGUUGUGUUGCAUUUCGUCCUAGGAAGCCUCCUGCAGAAAUAGGGACAUGAGAUAUAAACACUGAUCCACUUGCUUAUUUUUCCAUUUAUUUUGUAUGCACACGAUGGCUUGUUUAUAUACUGAGAAAACUAGUUUUUUUUCUUUUAAUUCAGGAGUUGCCAGAUCCCCAGCUAUUAUUUUUGCACUAUACCUCUUAUUAUGCACUUGCAAUAUGAAGACUUAAUUAUUUGUUUUGUUUUUGUGUUAAUGCACACGAGAUCACAUGCAUGGCUUAUUUUUAUAUUCUUUAGUAAUUUAUCUGAAAGAUUCUGCACAAGCUUUGCCUUUAGUUUAAAUGCAGAUAUCUGCAUUUCCUGUGUUGUAUAUUAUGAUGUGAUUUCAGUCAACACCGAUAGCAUUUCACCUGCAGUUAACGUAGUGUAGUUACUUAAACAGUAGUGUUUUUGAAAUAAUAUCCAUGUUCUGUACUAAAAUACUAAUAUUACACAAUUUACAGCUCUAAAGAAACUUUUGCCUCUGUUUCAAGUGGCCAAAUGUUCCUAAAUGCAUUGAUUUUUGCUUGUCUGAUUGCAAUUAAAAAAUGAAUGUUUUACAUCAUUGAAUCCCAGAUACUGAGCGUUCUGUAUGGAUGUCCCACACACCCAUUCAGAAACAGAUUCCAGAUUUUAAAUGUCUCUGCUGGUGUUCUAGCCACACUGCAAAUCAUUAGUUUGUCACUCCAUACGACCAGUGUAAACUGUUUACUGAGGACGUUAUCACAUGGAAAGUAACAUUACCUUUUAAAUAGUUAGAAGUUAGCAUUUAAUUGUGCAUUUUUAUAAACUCAUUUUUUGUUUCACUCAACAUUUAAAUCAGGAAGUGUAUGGAGUUUAGUGAUAUUUUUUUUCUGUGUGCCAGUAACUGAUAGGAAAUUUGCAACAUGUGUGUUUAUGCCAGGCAUAGGAGGUGCCAGUCACCUGGAAGUGCAAUGUAUAUACAAAUUUCUUUAAGCUUACACGCACUGUACACCUUACCCACAAUACAUUUUUAAUAGUGUUUUUUUUUUUUUUUUUUAUGGUGAGAGUUAAAUGAAGGCAUGUCAUGAAAACAAAGAUGACCGUAACUUAUUUCUGUAGCAUUCAGUAGGUUAUUUUGAUUUAUUGGGCUAGGAACACCUUUGUGGUUGGACCUAGGUUGUGUGCACUCAUGGAAGAACAGUAGCCUGGAAUAGAUGUCUCUGUUUAAUAGAUUAUUCUAAAAUAAGAAUUUACCUGCUGCAUGUCUCACCACUUCCAUGGCUUUCAAUCUAAUUUAUUCUGAAGCACAUAAAAAGGGGGCAUUGAUUUUUAAAUAGUGCUGAUUCUGAAAUGUGGGCUAAAUAUAUACACCACCUUUCAGUGACUCACAUUGAAAUAUUAUUUUCAAUUGAUUUAUAUUCCCGGAUGAAGCAGACCGCAAAUCUUGGAUUUAGUGGAAAAGCUUAACAUGACCGAGAUACACCAUUAUUUUAAACUAUAUUUGAUGGCUCAUUUUGUGGAAGGGUAAAUUGUAUCUUCGUAUUUUAUUCUUUGGAAUGUAAGAUUAUUAUUAGUUGCUCUAAAAAUGUGUUAAAUAAAUUUCUCUUAAUUAAAACAAAUUUGACCUUUUUAAACAAAACCGAUAAAAUCACUGAAUUUUAUUACAGAGGAGAGAGGAAGAGUGGUUUCGUGACCAUAUCAAUUAAUUGUAGCACUGAAUGUACUUCUUGUGAAGCCAAGAUUCAAUAAAAGUUGGAUUUAAAAGAUUAUUGGCAUUUGAUAGGAAAUGUGAUGAUGGACCAGUUGCUGCGUGCCAGUUUACUACUUGGGCCACUUAUUUGGAAAAUCAGUUGCUUGUAGCAUUAAGAGAGAAUUUAAAAAAAAAAGUAUAUUUUUCUCUUAGGUUUGUGAAAUAGAUUUUUCCUAGAAAAUUCCAAAUGUAUUGGCACUCCCAUAUCUGUAGUGGUGCUGGCAUCCAGGUAGCCUACAAAAUACCUUAAAUAGAUGUAAUAAUAAUGUAUGAUACCACACUCAAAAACAAGAGAAAAAGAAAAUAAUCCAAAAAAGUGAAUUUUUGUUUUAAAAAUGUGAAAAAAUAUAUAGAUAUACAGUUCCAGUGUGUACACACUAAGAAAGCAACAAAAAUAUUUCAUGCAAAGAUCAGUCCCUUAAAGGGACAUUCCAGGCACCCAGACCACUUCUGCCCAUUGGAGUUGCUGGGUGCCAACUCCCACUACUCUUAACCCUGCAAGUGUAAUUUUUGCAGUUUUUAUAAACUGCAAUAAUUACCUUGCAGGGUAACUUCACCUCUAGUGGCUGUCUACCAGCUUCCAGAAUCGUAACGAACUUUUGGUCAGUUAUCUGACUCUGUACGUCAAUGCUUAACUAUGAGGAGGUCUAAUGUGCUAGCGGCAUUUGCCGCACAUGCGCAUUAGACCCCGCUCGUCGCGGACACCAGAGAAGGCGGAGCUUCGACACAGCGCCCACAGACAAAAAACCUUUUUAAAAAACCUUUAUUUACCCAGGAGGUGGGGGGCGCGAGGCAGAGGGAUCGGUAGUGCCCGGAAUACAGCUCUGUAUUCCUGGAACUACAGUGUCCCUUUAAGUCCUAUGCUAGUAGCUAGGUCUUGAAAGUUACUCCCUAACUGGGGUGAAUUUCUACUUGCCAGGGCUAAACUUUAACUUGUCAGUGCCUAGCGGUUAUUAGAGAUUUUGAGCCCUGCUGUCAGCAUACAUUUCAGGGUCAUGGUGUUUUAAUUUGCUUCAUCCGAGCUGUGCAAUGGAAAGGAUCUCUUCUCUGUUUUGGAUAAUACAUAAAGAAACACUAAAAAUAUCAUUCUACUUGGAUGGUAUGACAUCUUACCUGUGGUCUUCUGCGUACCACUUUCUGUCUCCACUACCAACGAAGAGCUGGAGCUUUCAUUAGCUCUCCUGAGUGUAGCUGUGCACCACAGUGCUUGGCUCAGACCGAGAUUUUCCAUUCCGUCUGAAAUAGUGGAGCCAAGGUGCAGCACACAGUGGAUCCCAGGUAAGAACUCCAUUCUAAAACAGUUUUAAAUCUUACAGUGGAGAGGAGCCAGGACACUCUGUAAUGGUUAUGGUCCUGGAAUUGUUCCUUUUAAAGCAGCUCAAUCCCCCCACAACUUAAAGGACCACUCUAGGCACCCAGACCACUUCAGCUUAAUGAAGUGGUCUGGGUGCCAGGUCCUUCUAGGGUUAACCCAUUUUUUCAUAAUUAUAGCAGUUUCAGAGAAACUGCUAUAAUUAUGAAUGGGUUAAGCCUUCCCCCUAAUCCUCUAGUGGCUGUCUCAUUGACAGCCACUAGAGGCGCUUGCGUGCUUCUCACUGUGAAAAUCACAGUGAGAGCACGCAAGCGUCCAUAGGAAAGCAUUGUAAAUGCUUUCCUAUGAGACCGGCUGAAUGCGCGCGCAGCUCUUGCCGCGCGUGCGCAUUCAGCCGGCAGGGCGUAACGGAGGCGGAGAGGAGGAGGAGAGCUCUCCGCCCAGCGCUGGAAAAAGGUAAGUUUUUACCCCUUUCCCCCUUCCAGAGCCGGGCGGGAGGGAGUCCCUGAGGGUGGGGGCACCCUCAGGGCACUAUAGUGCCAGGAAAACGAGUAUGUUUUCCUGGCACUAUAGUGGUCCUUUAACUUUCUCUAAUUGUUUCCUCUUCAAUUUACAAAUCUGUUCUUCUUUUCUUAUCUAUUUCUUUUUAAAAACACAGACAAACUAUGGACUAUUUUUUCUCAUGUAUUUUUCUUUGGCUUGACAAAUCUUGAGACAGGUAGUAGCUUAAAGGGAUACUUUAAAAAGAAUCAGGUGCUGAAAAGAAUUGUCAAAAUGAUUAAGGGGGCCAGUGUUAAGAACACAUUGGAUGUGACACCAGGAACUAGUAGAGUUGGUGGGGAUAAGCAAAAUAGGAAUCAGAUAAUGGCAAAGCCGCUUUAAUUUACACCUUGUCAAUAGAGUGGAAGCGCCUCUGGUGGCUUUUUAGUAAGAUAGCCACGAGAGGUAGAUUUAAAGGGACACUCCAUACUCUAAAUCACUUUAGCUGAAGUGCAUACUAUUUAUUUUUAUUUUUAUUAUUUUAUUUUUCAUUUUGCAAAUAGUGCACAUUUCAAUGGAAAUUGACAUUUCUAUAAAUGAACCUGUUUUCAGGCCUCUGGCUUUAAAACCUUCAACAGGUCGUGUUCCUUCCUGGUUAACGCGAGUGGAGUUAAAGGAACACUAUAGGGUCAGGAACACAACCAUGUAUUCCUGACCCUAUAGUGCAAAAUACACCAUUUAUGUGGCUUAAUCCCCCCCAUCCCCCACGCCUUAGCCCCCUUAAAAGGAAUUAAAACUCACCUUAUUUCCAGCGCUGCGCGGGUCCGCCAAUGACAUCAGAAUUGCUGAUUUUUAGCCAAUCCAAUGCAUUCCCAUGGGGAAAGCAUUGGAUUGGAUAAAAUCGCAAGGGGGCGGGACCAAAUGCCAUUCUGGCCAAUCAGCACCUCCUCAGAGAGAUGCAUUGAAACAAUGCAUAUCUAUGAGGGAAAUUCAGCGUCCCCAUGCAGAGCCCCAUUGAGACGCUGAAUGGCAGUGCUGCCUACUGAGGAAUGGCCACUUUGAGGUGCCACUAAGGGCAAUGUAAGCACUGCCUUUGCUCUGAAAAGACAGUGUUUGCAUAAAAAAUGCUUGCAUAUAAGGAUUAUACUCACCAGAGCAACUACAAACUAGAUGGACCUAAACUCAAGAGGCAGCAAUUACCCAGAGCCCCUGCCUUGCAAAGACUUCUUGUUGAGCUGCAUUGGGAAGUCUGUGGUUGAACAGACACAGAAAGUCUGGAUGGGGUUAGAAUAAGGGGACUUGCAAAAGCAGCAGGCAAGAGAACUGCAACUUUUGCAGGCUGUUUUAAGAUAUUUUUAAUUUGGAAAUAGUUGGUUACUAAAACAUGAUUUGUGUGUGGGCAAUGGAGUGUUCCUUUAAGCUUGCACUUGCACAAAACACUAUAGCCGCUACAGCACAUAGUGGUUAUGGUGCCAGAACUGCCCUGGCAUCUUCACUGGGUAAGUACUUAUUUACCAACGGAUUAACAACUUACAUGGGGUCCACCUGCACUUCUUAAUAGCCGAAAGCUCUCAGCCUUGGGCUAAGCCUUGGCAUUGGCUUAGAGUUCUCAGUUGAUGCUCUUAGUCAGUGAGAGAGCUCUACAUCGCAGAGAAUAGUCGGUCACUGCUAUACUCUUACAACUGAUACAUUUGCUCUGUCUGCAAGGGAAAAGCAGUGAACUUCUGCCGCCAGCAUGCAAAUCGCUCUGACGACAAACUUAAAAUAUGCACUGAAUUGACAUUAGGCAGCCUGGAAGAGAAGAACUUACCCCCAGCAUACAAUUAAAAAUAAAGCGGAAACAUUGUACAUCCAGACUCCUACCACCAUAACCACUUCAAAAAACCCAAUGUGAUCAUGGUGGUUAGAGUAACUUUUUAAACCUCUCAAAUUACCUGUAGGCAGUCCCUAGGGCAUGUGCACCCCUGUCCCUUAGGAAAUAAAUGAUCCAUCUGCUUUUUGGGUUUCCCUUUUUACUUUGUUUAGAUCAGGGGUAGUCAACCUGGUCCCUACUGCCCACUAGUGGGUGGUUUGGGAUUUCAGGUGGGUGGUGGUGGGUUCUGCAGAAAAAUGCCCAGUGGGCCUCAAUGGCCCAGGACCAAGGCUGCCAGGGGAGAUCCUUUCAUCUCCUCUGCUGGCCAUGCAGAGCCAGCCUUGCUGUAAGCCCUCUCGGGCUGGUGAGUAGAUAAAAGGCUCUCCCUCACCGGCCCUGCAGAGGGAGGGAAGUACCUGGGAGGCUCUGUGAUCCUCCCACUACAGGCUGGUCGGAGCGUUGCCGCAUGUUACCAUGGCAACGCUCCAAUACAGUGCUGUGCUCACAGGAGGACAGGAGAGUUAGCUGGAGGAGCUGCAGGCAAAAGUGAACAUGCCAUUACUGGACCAUCAGGGCUUGCAACAUUAUUUAAGAAGAAGGAGGAGACAUUAAGAUAGAUUUCCACAUCUCACCCACCUUCACACAACAUAGACCAUAUGCACCCUUCACACAAAAACAGACACACACAGAAAAAUUGAGAAAAAAAUAUAAAUUUUAGUACAUAUUUAAAAAACAAAACAAAACAAAAACAACCUAAUUUCUAAAAAUAAAUAAAUAUAAAUAUUGCACUUGCGGUAGAAAAUUAGUAACUGCGGCACUGGUGGGCGAUAAGGACAUUUUACCAUCAACAAAGAUACAAAAGUGGGUGGUAGGUACUAAAAGGUUGACUACCCCUGGUUUAGAUCAAACAAUUGGUUUCUCUCCUCAUUCCUGUUUACGUCUGUGGUGUGUCCACAGAGUGGGCGGCAAAAGGAAUCCACUUGUGAUUGGCAACUCUGAGAUGCACAGUGGUGACUGGAGCAAAAUGAAAACUGAAAGAAUAUUUAGAAUAUUGCAAACACUAUACUGUAAAGUGCACUAUUCAUUUUAAAAUCACUCAGGGUUGAAGUAGAUUAAUGAAUGUCUUUGCCUUGAUGGUGUAACCUCCCAGUAUUUUGUAAGUGUCAUGGUUCUGGCACAUAUAGUUGCAAGACUUUGUGUGUUUGUACACUCAACUUUUAAUGUCAUGAGUUAAUGGUGGUGUGUGAGAUCUACACCCUCUGACAUGUUGUUUCCAGUAUACAGAUGGAUGUGGGAACUCAUUCUGCCUUUGCCUCCAGCUAUUACAUUACACACUUUACUAAAAGAAACAACUGUUCACCCGGUCUCAAAAGUAAUAUUGUAAUUGUAUUUGGGGACAAAUAUUAUAAAAUUGGUCACAAAAGAAAAAUAAAUUGUAAUUUUUUGCAACAUAUGUCAGAAGUGAAAAGCAUUAUUGUUGUUAUCACACAUUUUAAUAGCAAUUUCAGUUAUUGCUGAAUGUAAUAUCCAUUGACUGAUAGCCAGCAUGGAUUUAAUUUAAAGAAACACUAUAGGGUCAGGAACACAAACCUGCAUUUCUGACUCUAUAGUGUUAAAACCACCAUUUAGGUGGCUUGCCUACCCUCCGCUUUCUCCCUUAGAAAUGGUUAAAACUUAUCUUAUUUAAAGCUCUCCAUGGGUCUGCAAAUGCUGGUCCUUCUCCGAUCCACCUCUUUGGCUGACAUCAGAAUUGAUGAUCUCAGGGGAAAGCAUUGGAUCAUCAAGAUGUGCACCAAACACUGCCUCAGCCAAUCAGCACUGCUUCAUAAAGAUUAAUUGAAUCAAUGCACCUCCAUGAGAAAAGUUCAGCGUCUCCAUGCAUAGCGUGCAGCACUGAUCCAGGAAGCACCUUCAGUGGCCAACUGAGGAGUGGCCGCUGGAGGUGUCUUGAGGCUUUUCUCUGAAAAGACAGUGUUUUCAACAAAAAUCCUGAAGGGAAUGAUUAUUCUCACCAGAACAACUACAUUAAGCUGUAGUUGUUCUGGUGACUAUAGUGUCCCUUUAAGUGAUUAUUUAAAUCACCAGUUCAUAAGACUCUUUUUAAAUUAUGAUUUCUAAAUCUAAAGACUCAUUCUUAAUAGCUGUUAUAAUCUUCAAUGUUUGCAACCAGGUGAAUGUUCCAUGUUUAGUACAACAACUUUUCAGAUUAUUUUAAGUUAUAUCAGAAGUGAUUUGGUUAUAUACCAGAAAUUAUUAUAUUAUUUCAAGAUGAAUAUUUCCAGUUUAAUAGAUUAAUCACUCAGAGCAACUUCUGUGUUCGGAAUGGGAAAACUUUACUCACCUUUUUCCAGCACAGAUACUCCUUUGGCGCUGCCCAAUUAUUUGUCUCUCACACCGUUAUUUGGGAGGAAUGGUCUCUGGAGAUGGUCGAAUCCAUUUUCUUUUCAUAUAGGAGCAUUGGGGACAUGAUGCACAUGCUUUCCUACAAGCAUCUGCACCUUGUGACUGAGUUUGAAUUCAGUAUGGCAGCUACUAGAGGCAGACGUAACCAUGCAUUGGAUACACUACAGUUUCUACAAAACUAGUGUUUUACAUAUUUACAUUGCAGGGUUAAAACUAAAGGCCACUCUACCCAGAGUAAUUCAUUCAGAUGAAGUGGUCUGGGGGACUUUAGUGGUUAUAUAAAUUGUAUAUUCAUUGAGUGUAUCUAGAUUUGCAGAAUAACAAUAGAUUAAGGACUUUUUCUGAACUUCCAGUGUGUGUUUUUGGUUUUGUUUACCUUUUUAAUAUUAUUUGUGCUGUGAAAAAGUGCACAUUAUUUCUGUAAGCACAAGUUCAAUUAACUAACCAAAAAUGUAAUAUUGCAUGAAUAUACAGCCUAUUGCUUAAUAACUGAGCCGUGUUCCAUACAGAAUAAAAUACUAUAAUGUAUCUUGAAGGGUUAUUAUAAGCACUAAAGCAAUUGUAGUUUUGCUAUAAAGAUCAUGCCCCUACAGUCCCACAGCUCAAUUCUUAGCCAUUUAGGAGCUCUAGUCACACCUCCCUGCAUGUGACUUGCACAACUUUCCUAAACACUUCCUGAAAAAGAACCUAAAUUUUAGAAAACCAUUUUUAUUUAUACAUGCUGUCAAUUACAGCCAGAGGAGGUGUGUAUUGGCUGCAUAAACAGAAACACAAGUUAUUUAAAGUAGUACUAUCACCACCCCCUCUGAAAAUAAGUAUUUCAUACUGAUUUUGACUGUGUUUGAAAUUUCAACCAAGCCAAAAGAUAUACAGAGACAAUCUUUUGUUCUGAAAAACCCCAACUCGGCUUAUACUCGAGUCAGUCUGUAUUGUGGCAACUUACAUUGCCACAAUACAGACCAGGACCGCCGGGCUCAUUACAAGCCCGGCGGUCCUGUUAGGGGCUGACAGUGAGCUGUUACUUACCUUCCUGCAGCUCCUGUCAGCUCCCUUCUCCUCCGUGCAGCUCCUCUGUCAGCUCCGUGCUGCUCACAGUGUAAAUCUUGCGAGAUCCGUGGGUCUCACGAGACUUACACUGUAAACAAAACAGAGCUGAGAAGGGAGCUGACAGGAGCUGCAGGAAGGUAAGUAACAGCUCACUGUCAGCCCCCCAACUGAACUGCCAAUGCCACUGGACCACCAGGGAUUUAAUAUUAUUUUAUUUUAAUAAUAAUAAAAUAAUAUUAUUAAAAUAUUAUUUUAUUAUUAUAUUAUUAUUUUAAUAUUUGCAUUAUUUUUUUUUUUUUUUUGUCCCCCCUCCCUGCUUGUUGCCUGGUCAGAGAGGGGGGACAAAAAAACAUUAAAAAAAAAAUAAUGCAAAUAUUAAAAUAAUAUUAUUUUAAUAAUAUUAUUUUAUUAUUAUAUUAUUAUUAUUUUAAUAUUUGCAUUAUUUUUUUUUGUCCCCCCUCCCUGACCAGGCAACAAGCAGGGAGGGGGGACAAAAAAACAUUUAAAAAAAAUAAUGCAAAUAUUAAAGUAAUAAUAAUAUUAUUACAAUAAUAUAAUAUUAAAAUAAUAAUCUUAAAAUAAAAAAAUUAAACACACACUGCAUUAUAUACACAACACACAUCUAAUUUUAUUUAGAAAUUUACCAGUAGCUGCUGCAUUUCCCACCCUAGGAGUAUACUCAAGUCAAUAAGUUUUCCCAUUUUUUUGUGGUAAAAUUAGGGGCCUCGGCUUAUAUUCGGCUCGGCUUAUACUCGAGUAUAUACGGUAACGCUCAGUUUUGCAUGCUUCACCCGCUCACAGCCAGUGGACCCCCAGUGGGGGUGUUUGCCAGUUCAGCAAAGUUCCCAGUAAGUGACACUGCCGCUUUAACACCUAAAUGACAGAAGUUUGAGCAGUGGGUCUGCAGGGGCAAGAACUAUGCAACAAUUUUGCUUCACUAAGCUAAAGUUGUUUUGGUGCCUAUGGUAUCCCUUUAACAGAAAACUAUCUUUAGACAGAAUUUUCAACCAAGGGCAUUUUAUUAAAAGAAAUCCAAUUUAAAUAAAAGAAAAAGAAAAAAAUGGUUUAUAUAAUAAUAACAAAAACAUAUAUAUAUAUAUUUUUUUUAUAUUAUUAUGGAUGACAGAUGUAUGAUAAUUGCUUGUCAGAAAAUAAUCUUUAUAUGUGAAAUAGUUUUGUUUCAUAGUUGGACAUUAAGUAUUAAUACAAUUUUUUUUUUCCCCCGUCUGUCUUUCUUUCUCUCCCAACUGCAGUAUUUCAGGAUUGCGUAUUGCAAUAAAAACAUUUUUGGGGGGUUAUAAUGCCCCAUGGUAACAGUUCCCAAGAUACUCCAACCUCCAAAGCAAGCUCAGGAAAUGAUGGAGAACAACAAAGGGCUCAGAAGUCUACCCCACAAUCUCCUGCACCAUCAUUUACAACAACAGUCAGUUCUGCUGGACCACAGUCACCUGGAUACCAAAUUCAGCAACUCAUAAUGAGCCGGAACCCGGUGGCUGGUCAGAAUGUUAACAUAACUUUACAGAAUGUGGGGUCCGUGGUGGCAGGAAAUCAGCAGAUAACUCUGACUUCACUCCCCCUUACCAGUCCUUCCUCACCAGGGUUCCAGUUCAGUUCCCAACCAAGAAGGUUUGAGCAUGGAUCAACAUCCUAUAUCCAGGUUACCUCUCCAAUGUCUCAACAGGUCCAAAAUCAAAGCCCUACACAACCAAGUGCAGUGCCUUUACAAGCAUUACAGGGUGUUCGGGGAGGAACUGCAGGAGCCAGCUUGAGUAUGUGCAGCCAAAGCCCCACACGUGGGUUUGUGGAUGCUAGUUUGCUUGUCAGGCAGCUCAGCCUUACUCCGUCAAGUACAGGACAUUUUGUGUUUCAGGAAGGGUCUGGAAUUACCCAGAUUGCACAGGGAGCUCAAGUACAUCAUCCAUCUGGAACCACUGCUCCAGUCCAAUCACGUACUCUACUGCACUCCAAUUCACAGACUGUUGGCUCUGUACACCAGAGCGGAACAAGCCACUUAACCACCACCAAUCUAUCCCCACAGUUAAGCAGUAUUAUCCAGGGUCAGCUGAUCCAGCAGCAGCAGGUUCUUCAUGGCCAACAGCUUGCAAGGACCAUCAGCUUUGAUAGAAGUUCUGGUGGCAUGAUGGCUGGGGUGGCUGCAGCUUCAGCUUUUGGGAAAACGCUACCUGCUCCAACAAGCCCAUCACGGACGACUGGUCCUCAGGGAAUCUCUGGUCUUCCUUCUGCACCUACAGUUAGCACCAAUAUGAGAAAACAAAGUAAAAAGUUGGAAGAAAUUCCCCCUGCAACCCAAGAAGAUGCUCAAAUGCGGAAGCAGUGUUUGGAGCAUCACCAUAAAACCAUGAAGGUCUUGAAGGAAAACUUUAAAGAGUACCUGAUUGAGCUGUUCUUCCUACAACAUUGUCAAGGGAACAUGAUGGAUUUCUUGGCCUUUAAGAAGAAACCAAGCAUACUGCUGCAGGCAUUUCUCAGGCAAAAUGACUUGGAUCUUGAAAUAGAAGAGGAAGAAGGAGAUAAGAAUUCUUCCCAUGUCACUCAGGUAAGAAUUUUUUUAAAAAUAGAAUUUCUGUCUAAAAUGUUUAUAAUAUACAAAGUAACUGUGUUACACGUUUGAACAGUUUUAAUGUUCAAUGUAUUUAAGUUGUGGAGUGCUCUGCCAACAUAGGCAGUCUCAAUAAACUCAUAAUGAUGAAAAUAAGAAAGGGCCAGCUUUACUAUUGACUAUUAAGUGAUGAACAUGUGUAGGUUUCUGUGCCAAAAUAAGCUGAAUUCUAUAUGUGUAUGAUUAUCCAGCUAACUUGCUCCAUGUGUUUUGUGUAUCUAGCUGGCUUGCUAGAUAGUGAGCUAAUUUUCUAGACUAGAAUCCAUAGCUUGUCUAAUGGGUGUUCCUAUGUUUUAUUUUUGUUUUAAGCCUCAGGUUCCUUCUCAAAGUCCAGCGUCAGAGAUUCCUACUGCCAUGGAAACACAAGCUUCCAGUAUGCAAAAGGAAACUUCAACUCCAAAUGGUAUUACAUGUUUAUAGUUCUUGCUUUACCAUACUUCUCAUCAGGGGAGAAUACAGAAUAACUUGAUUAAAAUGAAAUGCUUUCCUGCUAACAUUGAAAUAUAUUAUGGACGAAUUGUCAAUUUUUGGGGGGGAAUAAUUCCUCUUUUCUCCACCUUAGUAAACACAAAUUGAAUUCGUCAUUAGGGUGAGGUGUGUAGCAGUGGCACACAAACACCUCCUCCUGGUGAUCAGUGUUGCAUUGUCCCAAGCUCUAAUAACUUCCAUUGAUUCCAUGUGUGAACCCGCACAGUAAUAUGCAAAGUGUAGGGAAUUAUAGGGCAUAUGGGAUAUUCCUAGACCAUAAUCCCUUUCCAUAUGUAGAGCUUUAUAUUGAAGAUUGUAUUCAUAUUAAAUGUGAAUUGUAAAUACUAUAACACAUAGUGAAAUAUGCUGAAAAGAUUGUAAAGCUAAACAUAUGUCAUUUCUGAAAUUUGUCUGAUAUAAAUUUGUUGGCAAAUAUAUUUACCCAAGCAUUCACUAUCUCUAAAUGACGGCCUAUGUAUUUUGAAGGCGAUGGAACCUUAUAGACACUGGGACAUGCCGUUUAGAGACUAGAUAUUUUAAUAACCGUCUAGGUUCCAGAUGGACGCUAGAGAGUUUAUCUCUAGAUGUAGACAAUGUCCAUAUUAAUGUUUUCAUUUAAAUAAUUAGUCUCAAUGUAUUAAUUUAGUGAUACAUGUGAACAUGAGUCCACUCAUCCGCAUGAUACACAAAUUCCAUCCACCAUGAUUGACAUGAACUGGUUUCCUGUCUGUUUUAACUAAACCAUGUAUAGCCUCCUAAUGACUGGCAUUUUAUGAAGCAGGUAAAGUCUGCACUUACUGUGUUAUGUAUGUGAGAUGUGGCUGCAGUUUGUGUCUGUUGGAGUGAUUUGUUUCAGGCCUCUUACACGUGAAGCCGCAGUACUUGAGAAUAUUGCAUGACUUAAAGGGUUAUGCCAGGCACCAUGACCACCACUGUGAUUUGAAGUGACAUGGUUACUAUUUAUUUAUUACUGGAAUUUAUAAAGCGCCAACAGCACUGUACAAUUGGGGAAAAUUAACAGUACAAUAUACACUGACAAAUACAAAAGGUAAAGAGGGCCCUGCCUGGGAGCUGAGAUCUAGCAUUGAAACUCAUGUAUAUAAGGUGCCUAUUUAGAUAGCCUUUGAGCUUGCAAUCUAUCCAGAACAAGAGUUCCUGGCUAGUUGAUGUCAAUUCUGUGCAUAAUUCUAUUCACAGAAUGUAAUUUGUUGGCUGAGAGUGAUCAGCUUUGAUGUGAUCUUCAGAAAGUUCUUUGGAGCCCAAACAGCCUCCCAAACUUAUUGCGUAUUAAAAUUUUUUCCCCAAAUAAAUCCAAGUCGGAAGGUUUACUGUUUCAAGGUCCAGUGGUUAAUCACUGCGACUUUGGGCCGCCAGGAGAAGAGAAAGUCUGCUGGCACUCCACUUCUUAGUGUCCUUAGCACGUCUGCACCAAAAGACAUGCCAAUAGCUAAGCCUAUUUUUAAGGGUUGUGUAAAAUAUCCUCUCCACUAUGAGGCAUUGUUUGACAUCUGAAGACUUUCACACAGCUAAUCAGAGCAAAUGUUGCAUGUCGGAUGCACACAAAUUUGGUUGAAUUCUAUAAACUACCAAAAAUCAGGCCUUGCUCAGUAUGCGGUCAACCGCUUUCCGGUCGGUAACGGUGAGAGAAAAUUGCAGACCUAAGCAGUGAAGGGACAGAUAAAAUACCCUUUUCAAGGACUGUAGAAAAAAUGUUUAUUUUUAUUUUGUAAAUAUUUUUGGGACGACCCACUAGCCCAUAUGGACGAAUCUUCUGUUGAUGUACACAUUUUUUCCACUCCAACACAUCAGACAAACACUGCUACAUUGAUUGUUAUGGGAACAGAAAAAUCUGCUGUCGUAUAUCAUUCAUUUCUUUAUCAUGCAUGUGUGCAGGUCUAGCCAUCCAAUUUAUACUGUAAUAUCCCUUUUAAUGCAAUUGUUUAUUCGGAUAUUACAAACCAAUGCUUUAUGCACAUACACUCACCUAUGUUUGAAUGGAAUCCUAAUUUAAUUCCCUGCUCAAUAUUGAAAAAAUAACAAAAUGCUAUGGUUCCUGUUUAGCAAUCCCACUGUAUAAGUUCUUAUUCAUGGUUUUUCAGAUACAUCAUUGGCACAGUCACAUGGCACAAGUGACUCCAAACACCCUAAAGUAACUCUUGGGGUUUCUCAAGUCCCAUCGACUGGUAGAUUUGGUAAAGAUGGUAAGUUUGUUAAAAACAAAACAAAACAAAGCUAAAUGUUAGGUCUUUUCCCUCUAUUUACAGAUAUAAACCCAUAACCGUGACUAUAAAGUGGACAUGUCAUCUUCCAACUAGGGCCUCUUUUUAAUUCUUUUAGAUCACCUUCUCAAGUUAUCACUAUCUAACAGAACAACUUUUCAAAUUAUUUAUUAUUAUUAUUAUCGCCAUUUAUAUAGCGCCAACAUAUUCCGUAGUGCUUUACAAUAUUAUAAGAGUGGGGAUUUAACUAUAAAUAGGUUGAAGAGGAGCCUGCUCAAACGAGCUUACAGUCUAUAGGAGGUACAGAAGUCAUCAUUAAUGUCUAAGGGAAUUUUUGUAGAUAAAUCAUUUGAAAAGUUUUUGUAACAGAUUGGAGUAAUUAGUGAAGCUUAACCAAAAUAAUAAAAUCGAGGCCUACAUGCCUGAUGUAAUUUAAUUUUUAAUCAUCAGCAAUUGUUUAAAGUCAAAGAUUUAUUUGAAGUUGAUUUCAUACCUUUGUUUUUGACUGCACAAUAAUUCACUAAACUAUGAAUUGCACAUAAUGGCACCCAGUGUAUUAAUAUUAACAUAAAUAACCGUUUCAUAGACAAUUGUGGAGUGGCUUGAAAACAUUACAUUUUAUCCAGUACUGUUUUUAAAUAAAUAUAUCUCAGCUCUCCACUUGUUGAUCCAAUGCCCUCCCAAUUUAGUUUGACUGACCUGAGUUCUCUUUGUGUGUUUUUGUUGAUAGGCCCAUUCUCUGUUACAGUUGGGAUACCACCCUCUCAGCAAACGGCUCCUGCUGCCUCCAAGGUUUCAGCUGUGCCAAAUACAACCAACUUGCCAUCUCCAAGCCGAGCCCAGGUUCCCAAAAUGCCUGUCUCCUCUGUCACUAACACAGUGCACACUGUACUACAACAGCAAAUUGUGACAGAUGCUCAGUCUCAGAUGAAGGGAAAAAUGGCUUCUAGCAUUCCUUCUGUACAAUCUACCCAAAACCAAAUCUCCCAACAACCUCAGCCCAUGCUUAUUGACCAAUCUUCCUUGAAACCCCAAUCACUACAGGUAUGUUUUAAUCAUGCAUGCUCUACAUUGCAUUUUUUGUGUUUUUUUUUUUUUUAAUAUAUAUGUUAGAUUUAUAUAUAUUUAUCUAAUUGUAGUGCCUUGCAAUUUUUUAUUUAUUUAUUGGACUAACUGUAUUUUGGAACGACAAAGCAUAUCCCUCCUCUAUUAUCAAGUAUAAAGCAAUAGUAUUUAAAGGGAGGGUUUAUUAAAACUUGUUUUACCAAAAUGUUGUCAAUUCAAUAAAACAGGGAUGAGGAUAUGACAUGAUUAUCUAUUAUUCUCCACACCUUGAGAUUGGUAUUGAGUUACACAACCCCAGUUGACCUUUUUAUUACACAAAGGAGUCUGGGGGUGAAAGAUGAGAUGUAGAUAUACCUGAUGCGUUCAGCUCUUGCCAGAUGAACCCGUCAGAAACUAUUUUACCUUUAUACCUUUGAUUAUGCGCCAGAAUUGUAAAAAAUGGGUUUCUAUGGAAGAACUGGACAAGCUUAUCACCCACAGAUAUGUGAUGCUAUGGGAAUUUAUUUCUUAUUCAAUAAGGUGGCUUUUCUCUUCAAUUGAAGACUGGUAGUAAAUAUCAGGGCAAGUGGUAACGCACUGUGUUUAUUUUAUUUUCUCACAUUUAUGUAAGGUAAAGAUUCUGUUUUUAUGAAAAACUCAAAAGACAGUACAGUGCAGCUUUGCAUGAGCAGAUUAUCAUGAUGAAUAAAUGAAACAGCAAUUUACAUGAAACACUAAUAGGAACUAGGGUGAAAUGUGGUAUUUCGUAUAGAAUUGUCAGACUGAACUUCGAUUGGCAUUUAUUAGGACAGCAGCCUAUGUGACUUUUGUGGAAUUUGGAAUUUGUGUGCCCACACUAGGGGUGCACUGUGUACAUGCUCACAUGUGCUCCGAGCACACAAUUUAGGGUGCUUUUCUUCUUGCAGAAGGCCAAUAUAAUGAACUUAAUAAAUAGGAAGCGCAUCCAUGAGAAAUACAAAGCAAAUCAUGUUGAGCUUUAACUCAAGAAUGUAAAUCUACUGCUCUUUAGCAUUACAAAAAUAUUGCUUGGGUCUCUUGUCAACAAAAUUCAUUGAAACUCAUUGAUAAUUUAAACUGUUUUGAGAUUAUUUUUCUUCACUUAAAUUUAGGUCUUGAAUUUUCUAAAAAAUCAACAGGUGUUCACGUUGGGACACCUCAGGAAAUAGUGAAUCUUUUGUUCUGUAGCUUAAAUAUUGUAAAUGUUCAUAUGCAAAUUGAUACUUCAUAACAUUUGGUCACGCUGGAAAACCAAUCCCGUUACAUAUAAAUCAACCUUUGAUGAAGUGUCUUUGGCUUCCCACGAGCUGACUCUCCUAGGCAGAGAGUUUGGGACUGGUUUUUAAAAACUUUAACUGCUCACUUCUUUUUAUUGCAUUUUCUAAAACUAUAUUGUUAAUUUUAAUUUUAUUGUGUUUUAUAGUUUUAAUUUAAAAACCUUAACCAUAAACCAUGAGACAAAAAUAGUUUUUAAUGAAAUAUUGAUGGGAGGUUUAUAUUUCUUGGCAAUUAAAUGUUUGUUUGCCAAAAUAUUUAAACUUAGGAUUCUUUAUAAUUGAAUGAACUCUUUGAAAGCCAUUGGUUAUCAUCAAGAUGGCUCAUAUAUGCAGAUACAGAUUUUAGUUUAUUUAGAGUUUCUUAGUAACUCAUAGAUAUUACCUUUCAAAACCACUUAUCUGACUUGACACCUAUUUAUAAUACAUUAUGUUGAUAAGCAUUUUAAAAUGCACUGGUUUUCUUUUUUGUUUUUAAAUACUUCUAAAUUACAUAGAAAACAUUUGCUUUGUCACUCAGAGGUUUUCUGGUUUUACACAACACGCAGAUGUCACUGAAGCUUGUUAGACAGCAUAGGGUUCACCUUCAUUAAAAGCAGAAUCACAGAAGCUAUAUUAAAUCUUUGGCAGCAACAAAUUCCACAUAUUUUUUUGCGUUGCCUAAAGGAUAUAUUAAAAAGUACCGUAUCAGACCCAACUAUUGGCUAAAGUAAUAAUGACCGUAGACCCAAUCAAAUAUUUUUUUCUAAUUUUUUUUUUCAAAAAAUACAUGGUAUUUGGCACUUUCUUUUUAUUUUUUUUAUUUUUUUAUGGUAAAUCUUCUACUUACUUUUUUAAUGUACUACGGCCUCAAUUUAAUAUUGUUAGAUAAGCUAUUCAAAUUAUGUAAUAUUUUUAAAUACAUUUCUAAAAUUAUUUUCUGAACAUAUUAAAAUAUCAAAAAUAUAUCCUAUACAUCAAUGUUAAAUUUUUUUUUCAUAGUCAUUUUGACUGUUUAUACCAAAAACACUAAAUUAUUUAGAAAAACGUAUCCAACAAUAUAAAAAUUGAGGUCUUUAUUAGAAUGUUUAAAAAAAAUAUCAAUAUCUGUACCUCUGCCUUGGAGGUUAUACGAUCUGUCCUUAAUUUUAUAGUAUUAUCAACCAGUGUCAUACUUUUAGAUUAUACCUUAAAAGAAUGGUGACUGAGAAGACUGAACUUACUUGUAUUGGUAUUGUGACUUUACAUGUGUAAGGGAAAUCCUUUGACUUCACACUUUAAGAUUUCCACAUGCAGCAUAGGAAGAAAUACAUUUUUACUGCAAUGUACUCAGUGUUGUGAUCUCUCUGCAGGCUUCUGCAUCUAAGCUGGGCUCAGAUGCUGGUAAACGCACAGUUUCUGCAUCUUUGCACCUUGCUCCUUCAUCACCCACCACUCCAACCAGCAUUUCAGAAUCCGUACCCCUUCCCGCAAGUGUCUCGCCGAAAAGGAUUUUGUCGCCUGGUGCCAGCAAAGCACUGUCACCUUCCACUUCCAGGUCCCCUGGUUCUUCAGGAUCCCAAUCCCAGGAUAUUGUGACCUCUAUUACAGGGGAUAUUCAACCUGAAGCCUCUUUGCCCAAACCACAUGAACAGGUAAAACAUCUGGGUGUAUUGCUUGCAUGAGUCUUAUGUUUGUAUAACGCUAGCUAUAAAUGAUAGGGUUCCAAGGGAGUGGGACUCACAAACAUGUUCAUACAUUCGGUUCUUAGUCAAAGUGAAAAUUGUCAGGAAUUUUAAACUGAAUUUCAAACUUGAAUUUACUUUGUAUUCCAAACAGUUUACACUUGAGUGAUUUAACCUUGAACAUGUAUCUUUAGAUUUAGAGUGAUGAGUGAUGCUAGUGAGGGAAGUCAUGUUAUGUUUGUUUGCAUGUGCUAAAGUCUGCAGAUGUGAUUUUCUUUUCAGUUCUAAUGUUUUAAAUCACUCCUAAAUUAAUCAGUUUUUAAUGUUAUGUGAACUUUAUAUUCUAACUUGUUUUAUAGAUGACAAGCUAGAAUAAUCCAUGGGCAAAUGCCUGAUUCUUUAGCUUAAGUUGUCAGUCAUAUGCUGGAUGUAAUUUAUAUCUUGCAUUGUGUUAGUGUUGUGCAAGUGAAAACAUUUACAUGUGUCCACAGCUGAAAUGCAGACAUGUGUAUUGGACUGAGUUAUGUAAGCCCAUUCAUCACUUUGAGCUUGCUUGCCUUUGACAUAUGGGUGUCUGGCUUCCAGAUGCAGUGCCCUUGGAGUGUAUGCGUUUAACCUUGGACAUAUGGAGGAAGGCAUGAAGUUAAUAAUGUUGCAAUAAUUUCUCAAGAUAAUGCUGUUUUUAAAAUAUUUUGUAAGUGAAUAAGUGGUAGUACUCAUUUUUCCCAAGUGAAAAAUGAGUACUACCAAUUUUAAUAAUAAAAAUCUACUGUGUUUUUUGUUGUUUUUUUUUUUGAUGCAACAUUGUUUGCAUGCACUAAAUUCUUUGUUGCGUGCCAUAAUCAUUGAUGUUGAAUGCAGUAACUCAAUUGCCAACCUCUUGUGUUCUAUAAGCUUAUUUAAUGAUAUGUGUCUAUUUUUGUAAUAUAGGAGAGCCAUAUACAUCAACGCAUUUCAGAACUGCGAAAGGAAGGUUUAUGGUCACUCAGGCGGCUUCCGAAGCUGCAGGAGCCAUGCAGACCAAAAUCUCACUGGGAUUAUCUGUUGGAAGAGAUGCAGUGGAUGGCCGCUGAUUUUGCACAAGAGAGAAUGUGGAAACUAGCUUCUGCUAAGAAGGUAUUGGAAUAUGUAUUUUCCUUUUUUUAACCCAGCUGCAUAUAAAUAAAUUAACUAUUUUCCAAAUGGCUGAAUGGAGCAAAUUACUGCUCAUUUGAGAGGUGUCUAAAUGUACUCAAAGACAAUAAGACAAGCGCCUAGGCUGACAUUUCAUAUUAGACCUGCCCUGCAUGUGAGGACUGGAUAAUGAAACGCAUACCCGUCUGUUCUGGAAAUGGCUGAAGCACACUCAGAGCUAUGUAGCUUAAAGUCAUAAAUACAUUUUUUUUAUGGCUGUGCUAUUAUAGGCUAAAUUAAAGCCAUUUGAAUAGACAAACUAUUAACAGUCUGCAGUGCCCUUGGAGUGUGUGCGUUUAACCUUGGACAUAUGGAGGAAGGUAUGAAGUUAAUAAUGUUGCAAUAAUUUCUCAAGAUAAUGCUGUUUUUAAAAUAUUUUGUAAAUGAAUAAGUGGUAGUACUCAUUUUUCCAAGUGAAAAAUGAGUACUACCAAUUUUAAUAAUAAAAAUCUCCUUUUUUUUAAAUGCAACAUUGUUUGCAUGCACUAAAGGAACACUUUACUGUAACUACUACUGCAUACUGUAGUGUGUAUGGUGCCAAGAAUGCCCAGGCACUGUCUGUAAUCUAUCAAACAAUUUAGGGGAAUGGUAUGAUAUUUACCUAACUGUCUCUACUACACACACAUUCACAUAGUUAUUUUAGCCACCCUCCUUUAGGUUACCAUUUAACAGCAGACGGGUGGCUUCCCUGGGAUCCUGUGUUGACCAAACAGAUGAGUGACUGUUGCUGCAGGCAGCUCUCAUUCCAUGUGGACUCUUCUUUGAAACCGAUAGGAGGUCACUUUCUUUUAGCACAGGCCAGCACUGCCUGCUUAAAUCACCGCUUAUGCUGGCUAGUAGGGCAAGCUGGAAAGGAGGGGAAAGGCAAAAUGCUUCUCCUCUUCAAGUAUCACAGGCACCAUUGGUUCCACUUGCACCCCUGUCAAGAUGACUAUGGGGGAGAUCAAAUGAAUGGGAACCUGUGAGCUAUGCUGGUCUAGGGCAAGAUUGACAUUACAGUUCAUUCUUCAGCAGUUUGAAUAUAACCGCUCCCAGGAUGAUUUCAAACACUAUCUCUGUGAAUACUUUGUAUCCAUAUUGUCAAGACAAAGUAUCAUAGAAGAUUAUUUAACAACAGCUGGGGUGGCCUGCAAGCUACUCGCGGGUGUAGGGAUAAGAAAAUCUGGUAUGAAACAUAAGCAGACAGUUUAAAGUAGUGUUAAAUAUCAGCUAUGUUAUUGUAAUUUGGAAAUUAUUUUUUAAAAUUUUAUUUUAAAGCUGGUUCGCACUGCAGCACGAUAUUGGCAAGAGAAGCAGCAGAGCGAUGCUAGAGCCAAGAAGGAAGAUGAAGAAAGACUGAAGCGUAUUGCUUGGUUAGCAGCUCGGGAGAUCCAAUAUUUCUGGUCUAAUAUUGAACAGGUAAAGAAAUAUCUGCAACAAAGUUCAAAUUUCAGCUGCCUGGUCUUUGGAAUCUAUAAUGUGUAUUUACUCAGAACAAAAUUAUAAACGCAACACUUUUGUUUUUGCCCCCAUGUUUCAUGAACUGAACUCAAAGAUCUAAGACUUUUUCUUACACAAAAGGCCUAUUUCUCUCAAAUAUUGUUCACAAAUCUGUCUAAAUCUGUGUUAGUGAGCAGGUCUCCUUUGUCGAGAUAAAUCAUCCACUUCACAGGUGUGGCAUAUCAAGAUGCUGAUUAGACAGCAUGAUUAUUGCACAGGUGUGCCUUAGGCUGGCCACAAUAAAAGGCCACUCUAAAAUGUGCAGUUUUACUGUAUUGUGGGGAUCCGGGGCGGGGGGGGGGGAGGAAGGUCCGAAAACCAGUCAGUAUCUGGUGUGACCACCAUCAGCCUCAGGCAGUGCAACACAUCUCCUUUGCAUAGAGUUGAUCAGGUUGUUGAUUGUUGCCUGUGGAAUGUUGGUCCACUCCUUUUCAAUGGCUGUGCGAAGUUGCUGGAUAUUGACAGGACCUGGAACAUGCUGUCGUAUACACCGAUGCAGAGCAUCCCAAACAUGCUCAAUGGGUGACAUGCCCGGUGAGAAUGCUGGCCAUGCAAGAACUGGGAUGUUUUCAGUUUCCAGGAAUUGUGUACAGAUCUUUGCAACAUGGGGCCGUGCAUUAUCAUGCUGCAACAUGAGGUGAUGGUCGUGGAUGAAUGGCACAAAAAUGGGCCUCAGGAUCUCAUCAUGGUAUCUCUGUGCAUUCAAAAUGCCAUCAAUAAAAUGCACCUGUGUUCGUUGUCCAUAACAUACGCCUGCCCAUACCAUAAUCCCACCGCCACCAUGGGUCACUCGAUCCACAACGUUAACAUCAGCACACCGCUCAUCCACACGACGCCAUACAUGCUAUCUGCCCUGUACAGUGAAAACCGGGAUUCAUCCGUGAAGAGAACACCUCUCCAAAGUGCCAGACGCCAUCAAAUGUGAGCAUUUGCCCACUCAAGUCGAGUUAUGACGAACUGCAGUUAGGUCGAGUCCCCGAUGAAGAUGACGAGCAUGCAGAUGAGCUUCUCUGAGACUUUCUGACAGUUUGUGCAGAAAUUCUUUGGUUAUGCAAACCGAUUGUUGCAGCAGCUGUCCGGGUGGCUGGUCUCAGACGAUCUCGGAAGUUAAGAUGCUGGAUGUGGAGGUCCUGGCCUGGUGUGGUUACACGUGGUCUGCGGUUGUGAGACCGGUUGGAUGUACUGCCAAAUUCUCUGAAACGCCUUUGGAGACGGCUUAUGGUAGAGAAAUGAACAUUCAAUUCACGGGCAACAGCUCUGGUGGACAUUCCUGCAGUCAGUAUGCCAAUUGCACUGCUCCCUCAAAAGGUGCAACAUCUGUGGCAUUGUGAUGUGUGAUAAAACUGCUCAUUUUAGAGUGGCCUUUUUGUUGAGGCCAGCCUAAGGCACACCUGUACAAUAAUCAUACGGUCUAAUCAGCAUCUUGAUAUGCCACACCUGUGAGGUGGAUGGAUUAUCUUGGCAAAGGACAGGUGCUCACUAACACAGAUUUAGACAGAUUUGUGAACAACAUUUGAGAGAAAUAGGCCUUUUGUGUACAUAGAAAAAGAGUUCAGCUCAUGAAAAAUGGGGGCAAAAACAAGUGUUGCGUUUAUAAUUUUGUUCAGUGUAUAAUACUGUGCAUUAGCUUUAAUAAAUGCUGUCCUUGUGAGGACCUGUAGCAAUGAAUUGAGUGCUUCUUGCAAAUGUUGGUGCCAUGUAGGGGAAAUCCUGCAAGGGAUCUACUCAUGGUCUCUGUACGAGCGAACACCUCAUCGCACAUACUGAAAGAACUCUUUGCCAUAAAGCAUUAGGAAUAAAAACAGGAUACUUCAUAGUUACAUAGCUAAAAAGAGACAUGUCCAUCAAGCUUUCUCACAUUUGUUUUUGCUGUUGAUCCAAAAGAAGGCAAAAAAACAAGUCUGAAGCACUUGCAAUUUGCAAAUUAGGAAAAUAUUCCUUCAUGACUCCAGAAUGGCAGUGGGAUUAUUCCUUGGAUCAAGAAACUGUUACCCAUUAAUUAAAAAUAAUUUCUCUGUGUAUUAUAUAUUUGCAAGUAUUUAUCCAAUUGCUAUUUAGACAUCUUUAAAGACUCUCUGAUAAAACCACCUCUUCAGGCAUAGAAUUCCAUUGUGUGUGUGUGUGUGUGUGUGUGUGUGUAUAUGUAUAUGUGUGUGUGUGUGUGUAUAUAUAUAUAUAUAUAUAUUAUCUCUAUCUUGAAGCAUGGUACUUGUCAUGGCCCCUUGGUGACCAGAUCCCUUACAAGAGUGUAUCUCUACCCAUCUGUCACCUCUUGUGAAUGACCUUGUCAGUGGGAGCUCCUGUCCAUGUUUUCACAUGGAACUACAGAUCUAAGCAGAGCAGACGAGCCCCUGAUUUCUAGUUCCAUGGCGGUGGUGUGUUUUGCAUCAACCAUCAACUUUGUUAAAGUUGUAUCUAUUUUUUUUUUUUUUGGUUGGAAGGUGGUGGAAAUUAAACUACAGGUGCAGCAACAGGAAAAGAGGAAGAGAAUAUUCUGUACACACGGAUCAAAGAAAGGUAACAAUAUUAUUUUCAAAAGUUUAAACAUUUAUGUGCAAAUUGCUCUGUUCUUCAUGCCAUGGGUAAUAUAUAUAUAUAUAUCACUAUAAAGAUUUUCAUUCAGCUUUACUGGUCUGAUGUUUAAAAAAAACAAAAAAAAACUUAAAAUAGCUCCAAUUAUCCAGAAAAAAAUAUAUUAUUGCACUAACACAGUAGAGCAAAGAGUUUUUUAUUUUUUUUAUUUAUCCCAGCGUUGUCAUCAGUGCUCUGCCAGCAGUGCCCUAAAGAUAAAUCUCCAGAUUCUAAAGACUGACAAAGGAUCAUUAGUUGGUUCUUCAACAUUUGGAGAUCUAUCAUCACCUCCAGACUUCCCAUGCUACCUCUUGUCUCAAAUCCCCAUUGUAUCCUUUAGAUUGUAAGCUCACGGGCCAUCUAGCUAAGUACUUUGUAUAAAAGAGUUUCAGUGGCUAGAUAUCCGCUUACAGGCAGGGCUCUCUCUGCCUCUUGUAUUUUGUCUGUGUAUAUUGUACGUUCUCCACUAAUUGUACAGCGCUGAGGAAUCUGUUGGCGCUUUAUAAAUACCAGUAGUAGUAGUAGUAAUAAUAAUAAUACCUUUGUGGCACAAAUACUCUACAUCAGUGCAUGUGUCAUUAAUACUGUGCAAUAUUUCACUAUACAGUGUAUGUAUCCAACAAUGAUCUGCAAAAUUAAACCCUUUAUAAUAACGUGGCUAUGCAAAUUCUAUUAUAUCAUGACAGUCCUGCCACCUCAUCUGUAAUUAGGGUGUUUAACCCUUCUUUAAAUGAUGAAUCAUUACAGUGACCUAUCACUGGCUUCUUUUUUCUUUGCUAAUACAGUCGUGAAUGUUUGUUACCUUUUAAUUUUAGGCGGCAACACCGGAAAGGCAGAAAAAUUGGAUAAACUUGGUCAAAGCUUGGUAGGUUGUGAUAUUAAUUUGAUUAUGUGUUUACAUGUAUUAAAUAUCUGUUUUAAGAAUCCCUUUAACAUUUCACAGUGUAUAUAUAAUGCUUGAGUGUGUGUUCUCUCUCCAUUCAUUUUCUGGCAACCACACUAUACUCAUUGUAUACAUUGUUUGUUUACAUUGAAAGCUGUUUUGUGGUUUAUUUUAGGAUCCUACAGGCUCACAGACAAAGAUAAAAGCAGAAGCACAUAAAGUUGAGGUCCAUGGUAUGAUCAUUUUUUUUUUUUAAAUGUUUGUUUGCUUAUAACUUAUUUGUGCAUCAGAGUGUGAAUCACAGUUUACACAUCUUGUUAUUUUGAAAUAGUCCUUCAGAUCAAAACAUAGGCUAGGAUCUCAAAGAAUUAAAAGUCAUUGAGAAUUAUUUUGACUGUUUCUCCUUAUUGUAUCACCUGGUUUUGGUUCGUAACAGAAAGCGCCAUCAAGUGUGUAUGCAAUGGGGCUAGAAAUUUUGAAGCCCUGUAUAUAGGUGUGUAUAUAUAUGUAUGUACAGGGAGUGCAGAAUUAUUAGGCAAAUGAGUAUUUUGACCACAUCAUCCUCUUUAUGCAUGUUGUCCUACUCCAAGCUGUAUAGGCUCGAAAGCCUACUACCAAUUAAGCAUAUUAGGUGAUGUGCAUCUCUGUAAUGAGAAGGGGUGUGGUCUAAUGACAUCAACACCCUAUAUCAGGUGUGCAUAAUUAUUAGGCAACUUCCUUUCCUUUGGCAAAAUGGGUCAAAAGAAGGACUUGACAGGCUCAGAAAAGUCAAAAAUAGUGAGAUAUCUUGCAGAGGGAUGCAGCACUCUUAAAAUUGCAAAGCUUCUGAAGCGUGAUCAUCGAACAAUCAAGCGUUUCAUUCAAAAUAGUCAACAGGGUCGCAAGAAGCGUGUGGAAAAACCAAGGCGCAAAAUAACUGCCCAUGAACUGAGAAAAGUAUGCCACUUGCCACCAGUUUGGCCAUAUUUCAGAGCUGCAAAAGCACAAGGUGUGCAAUACUCAGAGACAUGGCCAAGGUAAGAAAGGCUGAAAGACGACCACCACUGAACAAGACACACAAGCUGAAACGUCAAGACUGGGCCAAGAAAUAUCUCAAGACUGAUUUUUCUAAGGUUUUAUGGACUGAUGAAAUGAGAGUGAGUCUUGAUGGGCCAGAUGGAUGGGCCCGUGGCUGGAUUGGUAAAGGGCAGAGAGCUCCAGUCCGACUCAGACGCCAGCAAGGUGGAGGUGGAGUACUGGUUUGGGCUGGUAUCAUCAAAGAUGAGCUUGUGGGGCCUUUUCGGGUUGAGGAUGGAGUCAAGCUCAACUCCCAGUCCUACUGCCAGUUCCUGGAAGACACCUUCUUCAAGCAGUGGUACAGGAAGAAGUCUGCAUCCUUCAAGAAAAACAUGAUUUUCAUGCAGGACAAUGCUCCAUCACACGCGUCCAAGUACUCCACAGCGUGGCUGGCAAGAAAGGGUAUAAAAGAAGAAAAUCUAAUGACAUGGCCUCCUUGUUCACCUGAUCUGAACCCAUUGAGAACCUGUGGUCCAUCAUCAAAUGUGAGAUUUACAAGGAGGGAAAACAGUACACCUCUCUGAACAGUGUCUGGGAGGCUGUGGUUGCUGCUGCACGCAAUGUUGAUGGUGAACAGAUCAAAACACUGACAGAAUCCAUGGAUGGCAGGCUUUUGAGUGUCCUUGCAAAGAAAGGUGGCUAUAUUGGUCACUGAUUUGUUUUUGUUUUGUUUUUGAAUGUCAGAAAUGUAUAUUUGUGAAUGUUGAGAUGUUAUAUUGGUUUCACUGGUAAUAAUAAAUAAUUGAAAUGGGUAUAUAUUUGUUUUUUGUUAAGUUGCCUAAUAAUUAUGCACAGUAAUAGUCACCUGCACACACAGAUAUCCCCCUAACAUAGCUAUAACUAAAAACAAACUAAAAACUACUUCCAAAAAUAUUCAGCUUUGAUAUUAAUGAGUUUUUUGGGUUCAUUGAGAACAUGGUUGUUGUUCAAUAAUAAAAUUAAUCCUCAAAAAUACAACUUGCCUAAUAAUUCUGCACUCCCUGUAUGUAUAUAUGGUGUGUGUAUGUAUGGUUUACAUAUUAAGCAAAGACGCCCAAUGGUGACUGCUCUACUAAUUGUCCAAUGGGUGCAGGGGAAGGUGAGUUAUACAAUUCUGAACCUACCCCUUGCAACUCUUCAACUCCUGAUGCUUCAUCUGCUGGGAGUCCACGUCAGUGCUGUGCUUGUGCACAUAUGUUAGAGUACAACACUGAGCUCUAAGGGGGAUCCCGCAUUACUGUCGAGACCUGCUUAGAGGGACACUAUAGUCACCAAAACAACUUUAGCUUACUGAAGCAGUUUUAGUGUAUAGAUCAUGUCCCUGCAGUCUCACUGCUCAAUUCUCUGCCAUUUAGGAGUUAGAUCACUUUGUUUAUGAACCCUAGUCACACCUCCCUGCAUGUGACUUGCAAGGUAAAUUACAUCGGAUUGAAAGUGAAACCAGUUUUUUUUUCAUGCUGGCUGUGUCAAUCAGAGCCAGGGGAAGUGUGACAAGGGCUGCAUAAACAGAAACAAAGUGAUUUAACUCCUAAAUGGCAGUGAACCUGAGAAGCAUGAUCUAUACACUAAAACUGCUUCAUUAAGCAAAUGUGACUUAUCCAUCCACACACACAAUUCCACAAGCAGCCCCCAUACACAGCCCACAUUCAUAGGUACACGAUACUACAAACUACUCCUGAACAUAUACAAUAUAAUAGCUCAUAUACGCACAAAUACAAAGAUACAAAGCAAUUACAAUAUAAAUAACACAAGCAGAAUACGGCAGCAUACAGACCUCAAUUUAAAAAUAGGACCGGCACGCUACGGGACAUCACAAUCCUAUAUCGGCACAGUGCUGCUAAAAGGUUGCCUACCCCGUCUUAGUAUAUUAUUCGACUUCAGUGAAAUUCCGACUCUGUGAAUGUGAAUAUUUCAUAAAAAUGUAAUCUUUAUAAAAUAUUCAUGGGGUGGGGCUAGACAGUUGCUUUAACUUCUGCAUUAUAUGUUGAUAUCCUUCCAACCUUGGAUUUCUCCUUCUUACCAAAGACUUCGUUCUCUAAAACAGUGGUAGGCAACCUCUGGCACUGCUACAGUUCAGAUGUAAUGGGCUAAAUUCUACUGAUGCUUUGCCAGUAUUGUGGCUGUACAAACAUUAUGAGCAAUGUAGUCCACAAACCUCCAGAGUGCCGAAACGUUGCCUGCCACUGCUCUUGAACCACUACUGUAAGCUGCAGUGGUUAUGGUGUUUAAUGUCCCUUUAAUGUCAUUCUUGCAUAGAAUACCUAUGUUCAGGGUGGGGGUGUAAAAAUAUAACAAUAAUGAUUUGCUGAAACAUUCAUAGGGAAGACAAUGGUAUGCCCAUAGUGUUGGACAAUAAAGUUUUUAAAAUAAUCAUACAAAUAAACAUUAAAAAUCAAGAAAGAUACUAAAGUAUUUAAUCGAAUUGUGCUUUUUAAAAACUUGAUCAGAGUUAAAGAUCUAAAAAAAAGAUACUUUGCGUUGGACGCAGAUUAUUGAUUUUGCUUUGUCUAUUGUUAGUGUUUUUUAUGGCACUCCUCUUUAUUUGUAUAGGUUCAGGUUCAAGAAGCGAAACAAAUUCAGAUGGAUCUCAAAAACAGCUGGUUCUUAUUGACUCCCUACUUAACACUGAAGGUGGAAGCUCUAUUCAUGGAGGGGGGAGGAAACACAACCGUGAUAUUGCAGAGGUGGCCGCUGCUGCAGAACUUUUACUGCCUAGGGGCAGCUCCCGCAUCACUUGCACAGUGAGUAAUUUUGCACCAAAAGCAGUCAAGAGGAUGUCCAUUACUGUUUAAUAUCAUGUACUCUUAUCUGUUGCCUAGGAAUCUUUUUAAAGUUGAGCCUGUCCGAGUAAUUCCAGAUCUCUCAUUAUUAAUAAUUUUUAAGAAACAUACUUACUGUAUACAUAGUAUUAAUAACGCAGGUUUUUGUUGUUGUAGAAACCGCCUACAAAUACAGUAUUGCUUCACGUGUGCCCACUGCUAUAUAUGAUGACAUGCAUAUAGCAACACUGUAUCGAUUUCAAGUGUCUCUGUGUGAAUGGGACAAUCUUAAGAAAUAUGAGUAAAGUCUUAUUUUUGUAAUACAUUAAUAUCUGCAUUGUGGUAGCAAAAUUGUAAACACAUCUUAUAAAAUAUCUGCUUCUCUAGAAAUCAUUUUUUUGUUAUCUGCCCUUAUCCAAGACAUCCUUAGCAAUUUAUCCUAAAUGCAGAAUGGUAUGGUAUCAUUGUGCUGUCCCCCAGAAGCAAAUACAGUGAUUUUUGUAUUUCUGUUUUUGUACAUCUCUUAGCACCAUUAGGGUUGCCCACUGGCUGGUAUUUUACUUGCACAGCUGGUAUUUGAGGCAGUGCCGGUAUUGCAAAAGAGACAUUAAGGCAUAAAAAAAAAAUUAUAAUCUAGGAGUGCUUCGGGUACACACCACUAUCUCAUGGAUUUAUUUGCCCAAUAAAACUUAUAAUAACUGAUAUAAAUUAAAUUACUAUAACCUUUGAAUUAAGUUAGUCACAGCACAAAUUCUAAUGGAUAAAUAGAAGUUGGACCAUUAUAGGUAGGAGCCCAAAUGAUUGCAUAAAUGAUACAGUAAUCUUGUGAUAAAAUGUAUUCACCAUCCUCAUAAAACUGCAGUGUAUUAAAAAAAAAUAUAUGAAAUCUCCUACGUAUAAAUGUGUGACAAAGGUGGUAAUCAUAUCCAUUCAAGACUCUUAUGUUCAGCUCCAGCACACACAGAUAGAAGAAAAAAUGCUUCCCCAUUGACAGAUGCAUUAAACAGCUAUCACAGCUUUGAUUUUUACCUUAAAGAAACACUAUAGGCACCAAAACAACUUUAGCAUAAUUAAGAAGUUGGGUGUAUAGAUCAUGCCUCUGCAGAAUUUUUCUGUGACUGACUGGACUCUGGGAGUGUCAUGAGAAAAAUGGAGACAGAAUAUUCACUUUUAUUAUACAUGGCAGGAACACAUUUUGCUAUUUACACACAAUGACAUAUGCAUAGUAUACACAAACUUAGAGUAUACACACAAUGACACGCUGACUUACACACACACACACACACACACCCGUUCAGACAGUAUAUACAUACAAUAACUCACUGUUUUAUACAGACUAUGCAAACACUUGGGGAGAAAAUAAAUUACACACAGUAUACACACUGACACACAUUGCUAUAUACACCCCACACUCAAGAAUGGAAAAGUAGCUUUUUUUUUUUGCCUAUGAAAGGUGGCAUCCCAAAGCACCUUGCAUGAAUGACGUUAUUUGGCUUACCAGUUGUAUUUAUUAACCGUAUAAAUUACAAUAUGAUUUAUGCAGUGUGUUAUAAGUCUUUCAUUGGUCCAGUAAAUCUAAUUGUAUGUCCAUGUUCCAGGUAAAAUCAAGUCCUCCACCUUUGCUCCAUGGCAGUCUUCGAGAGUAUCAGCAAAUUGCGGUUGACUGGUUGGCAAAACAAUACAAGAAAAACCUCAAUGGGAUUCUGGCUGAUGAGUCGGGACUUGGAAAGAAUAUCCAAGUGGUCGGUCUCAUUGCACACCUGGCCAGUAAUGAAGGUAAAGAAUAAGGGUUGUCUCAUUUGUUUUCAUGGUUCUAGAUCUCAUUGCAAGUGGUGAUGUGAUAUUUUUUUCCCUAUCUACAGGUGUGUGGGGUCCUCACUUGAUUGUUGUACGUAGUUGCAAGGUGCUAAAGUGGGAAUUGGAGUUCAAGCGCUGGUGCCCAGCUUUGAAACUGCUCUUGUAUUUUGGAAGCCAAAGAGAACUCAGGAGAAAGCGGCAGGUAGGAACAAAAUUCAUGUUUCCAUGAAGAUAUUGUGUCAUUAAAGUGACAAACAAAAUUAGAAACUGGGGGUCAUUCAAAACAUACACAAAUGCAACUGCUGGACCCUGAGAAGGCCAAUUUCCCUCCAGGCACAGUCAGUCAUAGCAACUACCCGGGAGCACUAAAAUAAGCAACUCAAGAUUUAAAAAAGGCAAAAGUUUAAAUAGCUUAAAAUAAUAUAUCCGCAAACCAUUUUACCACAGUAGUAUGAACACUAACAUUAUGGUUCAAAAUAUACCCAAAGAGUUAAACACAUCAGAUUAUCUAUAGGAAGCAAGCAAUGAAACUUGUUAGCCCCUCUCUGUAAUGACAAAACCAUACUGAAUAAGUAUUCAGCAUUACAAACCCACUCUACAUUAUUCAGUUUUAAUCUUAUGUAUUCAAAAUAUUGCAUCAAAAUCCUAAACGAAGGCUGAGUACAAAGAUAGAAAUAUGUGUGUGUGUGUGUGUAUAUAUAUCUUUGUGCUCAGAAUUUAAAUAGGUGUUUUUUUUUUGCCCCUUAUUGGGUACAAUUUCAUACUAAUGUGAUAAAAUCGUUUGAUAUAUUAUUUUAAUAGGUUUAAAUAGUGACCAAUCUUGCUUGUUGAGAAAUAAUUUUGCUACUGUUAAGUUGUAGUGCAAAUAUUUGUCAAAAUCAGCAACAAUUUUGUAUUGAAAUUUCCUUCCAAAUGGAUUGAGUGCACAUGAAACGUGUUUAGAACUAUUUGUAAGUGCUGUAAAAUUUACUGUGGAUUAGGGUUGCUUAAAGGGUUAUUCCAGGCAUCAUGACCACAUGAGCGGUUUGAAGUGGACAUGUUGCCUGCAGGUCUGUACGUGCAGCAUUUCGCUAUGAAACACUGUACUUCCAGAUUUUAACCCCUCUACUGCCUAUGGUGUAAUUCCACCUCAAGCUGCAUGGUUUGGCCAUUUUGAGCCGGCCCUCCUGGCUGGCUAAUGUGAAUUCUUUGCAAUUUUGGCACUUGACGACAGCAGUGGAACCGUGCCACCUAUGUCUUCUUCAUUUAAAGUGAUAUAAAAUAUUUUGAUUUUCUUUAAAGUACGUUCCACCUGCAACUUAACAAAAUUCUGCCACUGCAUUGCAUGGUUGAAAGCUGAAAAAUAAAAAUCUGACAGAUUUAAUAAAUUGUGCCCAAAUUACUUAAAAAUUUGAUGUAAAAGUGUCAAUUACACUUUGAUAAAUCACCCUCACUGUCUUAUGAUCUUGGGCAGAAUGCCAAACUACAUUUUCAUUGUUUUUAAAAUAGUAAGGAAGAUCUGAAAGGGAAAAUAAACAGUGUGUGUAUAUAUGUAUGUACUUUCUUAACAUGCAUUAUUUUGUAGAAAUGGGAUGAGCCAAACAGCUUCAAUGUCUGCAUAACCUCCUACAAACAACUGUUCAAGGGCCACAAGGCCUUUAUGAAGUUGAGGUGGAAGUAUCUUGUCAUGGAUGAAGUACAUCAGAUCAAAAACAUGACUGAGAAACACUGGGAUGCCAUCUUUAAUUUACCAAGGUUUGCAUUUCUCACAUACAUUCUCUGCAGCAGCACACACUGCUUUGUUUAACCUUUGUGCAGUGCUGGGUAGUCAUGCAACCACUGUACAUGCCUGGGAGAAACAAAUACCACAAGUCACUGUCACAGUGACUGCUUGGUGGUUCGCAGAAGAGAAAGAAAGUGAGGUAGGUAUUUCUCAUUCUGAAAGCAUGGUGCUGCCCUGCAUGCUUUUGGUGCCAGGAGUUCCUAGGUUCUUCCAUAAAGUUUUAGAUUGGUUUGACGUCUUACCUGGGAUUCACUGGCACCACUCCCCAUUUCUAAUUUUUUUCCACCAGAGAAUCGGAAACUCCUAAGUAGGAACUUCUGUUGAUUUUCAUGAUAGAUCUCAGCCAGUGAGCUAAGCCCUACACCGACUAAUUUCAGCGGGGGGAAUCAUGGCCCUCCUGGCACCAUAAUUGGCUGCAGAUAUUAGCUGUGCAGCAACUGUUACAGUAAGCUGAUUAUAACAAAGAGGAUCCUUGUAGGUAAUGAGAUUCCGUGACACACAUUUACUAUGCUGAGUUCUACUCACUAAUGGCUAGUGGGCAAGUGGGAAUUUUGAGGACAGAUAUAUAUCUAUGGUAAAAAGUUUCCAAACACCAGUAAGAUGUCCAGGCAAUACAAUACAUAAAGAGUCAAUCAGGUAAUGCUAUGCUUCUUCACAGCCAACGUCGACUGCUUCUCAGGGACACACCCUUGCCACACACAUGGAAGGAGCUAUGGACCAUGGUGCAUUUCCUCAUUCCGGGCUUGUCAAGGUCAUAUUUGGAUUUCCCAGUGAAAGAGAACAGUGACCAGGACCAAGAAUACAAGCACACCAUUUCCAUAAGACUGCACCGGGUAAUUAAACUGUUUUUCACUUUGCACACAUUUGGGGUGCUAAUAUUACUUUAUCCCACACUAUACCUAAAAUAUACACAAUAUACACAUAUAGUUGAGUAUUGUACUCCAGCAUAAUGGCAAUGUGAUGCAAAUUGAAGUAUCUUGUACUAGAUUUUUACCCCUAUAUUAUUGUAUUUCAGUCAACACAACCAUUUAUUUUACGUCGGUCAAAAAGAGAUGUGGAAAGGCAGCUAAACAAGAAAUCUGAGCAUGUGCUGAAGUGUCAGCUGUCAAACCGUCAGAGGGCUCUGUAUGAAGAUGUCAUGAUGCAGCCUGGGUGAGGGAGACUCUGUUGUGGGAGGCCUCUAAAAUAGUACAAAGCCUUGUUUAAUGUUGCAAAUUAGCUUCACAGAAGUCUUUUAAGUUGAAUUAACUUCACAUUGUUUGUGUUAUGAUUCCAGGACUUUAAGGAAAAUGUUAUUUUUGUAUUUUUAACAGGGCUCAAGAUGCACUAAAAGGAGGCCAUUUCCUUAGCGUUCUUCAUGUCCUAAUGCAGUUGCAGAAGAUUUGUAACCAUCCAGAGCUGGUGGAUCCACGUCCUGAACAUUCUUCCUAUGUGUCUGACACUCUGCAAUAUAAAACGGCAUCUCUAGUCCUGAGGGCUCUGGAAUAUGACCCUUGGAAGGUGGGUGACGAAUAUUUAUUGGUAUGCCUGUGCAAAAUGCGUAUAGAAUUGCAAUUUAUUUAUAUAUUCUUUUAUGUUCAGAACGUUGACCUCUCCAUAUUUGACUUUCUUGGGGUUGAGAAUAAAAUGACACGCUAUGAAGCUCAAGUGAUUCCUAGACAGAGAGUUUCCAGGAAGCUGAUUCAGGAAAUCUACAGCUCGCCUAAUCCUGCACCUAGACCCGCAAAGGUCAAAAUAAAACGCAACAGGUACUUACUAAUAGACAAAUGCUUUGAAUCAUAUCUUUAAUCCUGACUCCCAAUAAUUAUCCUGGCCUUUGUUUCACUUCUCCACACCCCUCUCUUUCUUAUGAACCUGCAGGUUGUUUGAGCCCGUACUCUAUGGUCAGAAACCAGAAGGGAAAAUAAUCAAUUUCCAAAGUUCUUCAACAACUACAACUACGGCUACUGCUACCCAACAGGGGCAAGUUCGACGAACACAAAUCACCACACCUGCUGUACCUCAGGGGACCAAAGGUUUAAUUAUUAUUUCUGGUUAUUUAAAACUGUACUAUUGUAGGGCACAUCCAUAUAUUUUUCUUGUGUCUUGCACCACAAAUAUUUAACCUAAUAAGUGUAUUUCAUUUCCACAGUGCCUGCCACAUCACAUGUCCAAGUGGGGGGUUCCAGACCUCAAACCCCAGGGACUACCACAGCUGUUCCAAUGAGACAAGUUAAUCAGCUGCAUUCCCAGACUCCCUCACAUACUGUCCAACAGAGUGUCCUGUCACAAAGAUUGGUGCUUAGCUCUCAAGCCCGGCUUCCAAGUAAGUGUUCCCACUCACAUGCUAAUCUUUAGAUCAAAACUGCAACUAAAUAACUUUAAAGUAUCCUUGCUGCUUGCAAAAUUUGCCUUCUCUUUUAAAUUGAUCUCUGCUAAGAAACUGGUGGCAUCUGAUGCAAAUCCACCUGCUUAUUCCUUUCUUUUCAUGCUUUAUUGAGCAUAGAAUUCAUGACAAAUUAUUUUUAGAAGGCUGGUUUCUUAUUGAGAAAGGGAAUUGGCUCACUCUCUGCAAUUCACAGCCGUGUACAGGAUAACUUUCCAUAAUUUAAAUAUACUCAGCUGGUUUCAACACUGGCAUGAGUAAAUAAUAAGUGGUAAAUGUGGCCCUUUAAUUGGCUUCUUGUCUUAUAUUUCUUUUUCAUCUAUUUUGCAGGUGGCGAGGUGGUAAAAAUCGCUCAGCUAACGGCUCCUGGUGGUGCACAAGGCCGUAUAGCUCAACCUGAAACUCCUGUCACCUUGCAAUUCCAAGGGAACAAAUUCACUCUCUCCCAGAGUCAACUGCGCCAACUCACAGCUGGCCAACCUCUGCAGCUACAAGGUAACAUUACCCAGCAUGAGUGGCAGGAUAUAUCUCUUUUGUAGAAUACAGCUCACCAAUGUAUUGUUGCUGGAAAGGAGAUGCAGGCACAAUGCAUUAUCUGAUUUCAUUCGAUGUGUUGAGAUUAUGGAUGUUGCAUGUGUGCAUGUUUGACCGUGUAUAGUUGUUGCUGUAGUUAAAUUGGUAUAAAUUUGUUUUUUGUUCCAGGUAAUGUACUGCAGAUUGUUUCAGCUCCUGGUCAGUACCUUCGCCCACAAGGUUCCGUUGUGCUUCCUGCCAUGCCACAGGGUACAGCUGCUAAUGCUGUAAGAACACAACAGCAAGUUGUAGCUCCAAAUCCCAGUGCAGUGCAGCCAUCAGGUUUGUUACUCUGUAGUAGUAUUCUUGAAGUAUUUCUGUAGUAUAGUGGCAGCACAUAGAUGGGUAUUAGCAUUGCUAUUGUACAGGUGGGCAUUAAAGCGUGGACCCCCUUUCUGCUUCUCGCGUUAUGUAUUGUUUUUUUGCAUAUAUAUUCCUUCUCUUGUAUCAUUCUAGUUAAUGGUUGUUUUGAAUCUUCUAACUGCUUAUAUGUUUGUGUAUGCAGCUCCCAUGGCAGGAAGGAACACACAGAUUCCUACUGCAGCUUCUGAUCAAGUGACAAAACCUGUUCCCAGUGUGACAGCUCCACUUCAGGUAAGUUCCAUGUAAUGUAAUGACAAAGUCAUACUUCUGAUAACCAAAAUGCAUUACCUGUGGUAACCCAACUCUCAAGAAUAGUUGAAAAUACAAAUCUGUAUCUGUCUGUUUAUUUAUUGUGCAAAUUAGUUCUGGGUCAUCUUAUCUUAUCUUUCUCUUCCUGAUAAAACAUUGGCAGCCAAAAUAAUCAAAUUCUAUAAAAUACUGAAGUUUGAAUUGGCGCGUUCCACAUUGGCUCUCCAAGAAACAAGCCGCAAAUUGUUAAAUAGAGACACCAGGGUUUCUCAAACUGCCUACUAACCAGGACGGGUCUUAUGAAAUUAACACUCAUAUACAUUAACACCAUUGUCAGUCAAUCGAGACUUAUUGAUCUUUAGUGGUGGAGCAGUUGUAGCUGCCACGUGCUGUUGUUGGCUCCCCUGAGCUGUAAGAUAGGGGUUAGAGAGAGCAAUCCUGCUCAUGGGGCGACCCCUUCAUUGAGUUAAUUUUACCCAUUGUAUCUUGAUGGAAAUCAGCCGUGUGUAACCCCUUUAGUCCUGUUCAGUUGGUGAGGGAUAAUAAGCAUAGUGGGUUCGCAACAAGGUUUCCACUGUAUUUAAAAACAAAAAAAACAAACCAACCCUAAAGUUCUCUAGAUGUCAAAUUCUUCUUGUGAAUUGCACAAUUUUAGUAUCCAGUUACUGCUGAAUUUAUAACUUGAAAUGGUUUUAUGUUAUGUCCAUGUAUGUUAUUUCUAUGUAAAACUUGGCCAUUUUAUUUAAAUGAAGGAGUCAACAGAAGAUAAACAACGCAUGGUGAAGGAGCGUCUGGACAGCCUAUUCUCUUGUAAUGAACGGCGCUGUGCACGAGCUCCACUGUAUGGCUCAGAUUUGUUGUCACGUUUUUCACUCAAUUUUGCUAAUUCUCAACCUCCCAUGGGCAAUGGUCACUGGGGCUGGGCUGGCUAUGUAAACUGCCUAAUUUCCUCCCGCUGUUCUGAAGACUCCUUGGAUCCCUUGAGGCAUCUUAUCCUGUCCCCUGAUCAGCAGAAAACAGUCCUGGAGUCUCAUGCUAAGAGGUAAAUAUGAUAUAAAUUGAUCUAUAUAGUUUUUUUGUUACAGUGCAAUUUAGAAUACUUUGAUACCUAUAGAUUGGGAAGCGCAUGCUUUUAUACUGUUUAGUGUCUUGUGUCUAGCACAUUUCUUGAAACUUAAGUGUAUCCCUCUCUCUCUCUUGCGCUUUUAAUUUUUUUAAUGUAUUUAUUUUUCAACAGGAUCUGUUUAAACAAAGAUUUGUAUUUGUAGUUACACACAGUGUAUUAAAUAUACUGGUGUUACUUUGCCAUGAAGCAUAUAUAUCAAAAAGCACACUCCUGUUUGGUAAGUGCAGGUUGAAUCAUUCAUGGGCUUGCACUGUUGUACGUCAGGGUGCAUAGUGGUGGCUGGCUAGCUGAGCAUAAUGCGAGCUGCUGUUGAUUAUGUAAAGGCAUGGUGUUUUGGAUAAACAUUACUUAAAACGUUUAGCAAGCUAUUGUGCACAAACUAGCUGUUUAUUUACAGUUUUAUUGUUGCCUAAGUGGUGUCGCUGGUACGAUUACCUCUGUUAGAAUUGUAAUCUGUGAUUCCUUAUCCUUACCCCAGGGAAUUGUUGCCUGUACGUCCCCUGGCAUUAAUUGAGGAUAAAACAUUUGCUCUCAUUCUUACCUCGGAAACUUGUUUUCAUUUGGAAUGUUGAGCAGACAACAUAUUUAUUGAACCAGGAAUAUAAAUACAUUUUACACAUAUAUUAAAUAUGCAGACUUAUUAGCCAUCUAAACUAAUUGGUGAGACUGGUCUUACCUAUACUUUGUUAUCCAGCUCAUAUACUCCUCUCAGUCUUGUCUCACUUCUAAAGUGAGCUCUGUGUGUGUACAUUGGAGAUCUGCUUGCUCAAAAGCAUUCUAAUGUAUUAAACCUUAUAAUGCCUGUUUUUAUCAUUUAAUAUUCUGUUUACAUCUGUCAUUUUCAGGUCACAGUGUGUAGUCCCAGCAGUUAUUGCAGCUCCUCCAUCCCUUGUAGUGCCACAUCCUCCUCCUUCCUUCACUCAUAAUAUAAAGAUCCUGAGUCACUGCCUGAGGGAGAAGGCUGCCCCAUACCUAAAGGACCUACGAGAGAAAACAUCCCCAUACUGUGUGCAGUUACCUGACCUGCGGCUUAUCCAGUGUGAUUCAGGUAAGAUAGAGACGCUCUUUUAACAAGUGGCUUUUGUGAAAAAUGAAACCAAGAGGGCUUCAGUCACCUGAAAAUGCAUACAUUAUAAGGGUAGUGGUGGGGCCAAUUACUGUGAGAAAUGCACUUAUUAAACAAGGGAAGAAGUUUAUUUGAAAACUUUUUUUUUUUUUAGAAAAUUUUAAAAUGAAAUGGUAUGAAAAUAAAUAACUUUUUUUUUUUUUUUUUUACCCGAUUUGUUUUUGGCUCAGUGCAUUUUGCCUUCUUUCAGAUAAUAACUAAAGUUAGAGCACGCUGAAUUUCCUCUAUCUUAACCCAGUACCCUGAAUCAGGCUAGUUUGGUUUUACCAUCUGCUAUUAAUCCUCAACUUGUUUGAAUUCUUAUGACACACAGGGAAGCUAGAAGCUCUGGUCAUCCUUCUCAGGAAGCUGAGGUCCGAAGGUCGACGCGUUCUCCUUUUCUCCCAGAUGCUGCAUAUGUUGGACAUUUUGGAAGUGUUCCUGGAUUUGCAUUCCCUAACCUUCUUGAGAAUUGAUGAGAAUGCCAACUUUGAUCAAAGCCAGGUAUAUGGCAGUGCUCAGACCAUGCUAGGAAAGCUAGUGUGUUUUAUGAUGUUUACUGACCUUAAGAAUGAACACCACAAUAUAUGAACAAUAUACAUCUUCUAUUUGUUGUACAUUAUAUUUCUAGAGUAAUGCUGUAGUAAUUCCUCAUCCUCACACCAGGUAUUUUUGCCCACACAUCCCCUGACUUUAAUUGAAGAUAACAACAACAUUUCUUUUACUCUAACCCUGAAAAUUUGUUUUCAUUCGGAAACUUGGCCAGAAAUUUUCUUUUCAUCCACUUCUAACAUUUUUUUUCUUCUGUUGUCAACUGGUUUACCCAUGUUUUACCUAUUGAUCUUCUUGUCCUCAGGAAUUGCUGAAGAGCUUUAACAGAGACCCUCGUGUAUUCUGCAUGGUCCUAUCCACUCAUGUGUAUACUCAGUCAGUGCCUCAUAUAGAGGCAGAUACUGUCAUUUUUUAUGAUAGUGACUUGAACCCUGUGGUAGAUGGAAAAACGCAGUCCUGGUGUGAUCUCAUUGGAAGAUCAAAGGAUAUUCAUGUUUACAGGUAAUGUCUUUUAUUAGCCAUGUGUUAAAAACACAAAUUGUGUGAAAUAUUAAUAACUACCAUUUAUAUGAAGUACUGUUGUGUGCAUUGAUUAUCUUUGGAACAGUAUACAUAGAAAGUGCAAUCAAGAAAAAGGAGCACAGCAUUCAUUCAUGGUUUGCAGAAUUAGACUUCAUUACUUUUUAGAACAAUGAAGAACAUAUAGAGUUCUGAAUACGAUUUCUUUAAAGCAGUCACUAGUAGCUAGGGGGAAACACUCUCCUACCAACUGGAGUGCAGUUUAGCUAAGCAUUUCACUGCUUGGUAACUGUAAAAAUGGAUCUUUAAUUUUCUUUUCUUCAGAUUGGUGACGGCAAACUCAAUCGAGGAGAAACUUUUGAGAAAUGGGACUAAAGAUCUCAUCAGGGAAGUGGCUGCUCAGGGCAGUGACUAUACCUUGGCCUUCUUAACUCAGGUACCACCUACUAGCCCCAUAUUUGCCUUUUCUUAUUAAAUGUGGAAUUAUUAUAACUUUUUAUAAAUACCAUCUGAUAGCUUUGCAGUUUGCGUGUCAUUGGUUAACACUCAGGUGAGAGAAGUCAAGUUGUUUUGAGUUCAGUUGAAGACUGAUGUUCCUCUUCUUCUGUGCAGCAAACUAUCAAAGAGCUCUUUGAAGUCCAUUCUCCUUUGGAAGAUUCUGGAUUCCGGGUUAAAGCUGAAGAAUUUGUUCUACUCUCUCAAGAACCAUCCCCAUCGGACACUAUUACGGCCAAGAUUGCAAGACCAUUUGUAGAGGUGCAGAAAUUCUUCUAGAAUAUUUAUCUAGUGUGCUCAUGAGGUUUUUUGGGGGGAAUUGUCAUGUAAAGUCCUAAUUUCUCUUAAUAAAAUAUAUUUUUAGAUAUUUACACAUUAGUACACAAACUGUUAAGCACUUUGGGGAAAUGCAGUUUUAUAUUAUUGCUGGAAAUGUGUUAGAGCUAGUUUCUGCAUACUUAAAAAGGAGAUUUUACUUAUAGCAGUGGAAAGGAAUCUUAACAUUAAGAACACUAAAUAUAGACAACCUUGUUACAAUUGUUAUACACUAUUUAACAUUCAGAUAUAGUUGGGGAACAUACAUUCGAUGGAUUAUGUCUUGAUGGUAAUAAUGUUACUAUCUAUUCUAUUCAUAUUUUGCCUCUGAUGCCUCAUCCUCACUUCAGGGCAUUGUACUUUGACAUUUCUCUGGUGAUAACAGAGGAUGAAGAAAGUUAUUGACCCUAAUUUGACUUUGGGAACUUGCUUUCCUUUGUAACAUUUAUGUUGGUCAUAUAUUUUCUUUUUCCAACCAUUCUAAAAUUUUCUAGACCAAAUACUUUACUUAACUAUAUAGGGUACUACUUAUUUAGAAUACAUGGUGCUUAGAGUUUUUUUUUUUAAAGAAACCAUUCAAGGUCUGUAUAGUCUUCCCUUUAAAGGGACACUCGACUGCCCAAAUUAAAAAAACAAUAAAAAUAAAAUAAACACAAUUUAUUUAGUCAUACCCCCAAUGAAACCAUGCAUGCAUUUUAAUAAUGCUUUUUUUUUUUUAUUGGUGUCUAUCUAAAAACAGCUUGCAAAGCUACAGAUCUCUUGUCUGCAGCCAUUGCAAGCCCCUUCUUCCCCAGUCCAGACUUUCUGUGGCUGUCCAAUCACGGACUUCCCAAUGCAGCUCAAUGAGUCUUUGCAAGGCAGGUGCUCUUGCCAAUUGUCUGCCUCUAUAUUUUAGCUCCACUGAGCAAACCAAACCAGGAAGUAACAUGACAGGUUGUCUGAUUGACAGCCAAGGGAGAGUAACAAGGUUAAUUUGUAAAUGUGACUAUAUAUUGAAAUCUGCGCUUUUUGUAAAAUAAGAGGACACACUCUUCACACAUUUCAUCAAGCUAAGCAUUUCAUUAAGCUAAAGUGCUACAGGUGUUUGGAUCGUUUCUUUAAUGUGAUUCUUUAAAUUUCAGUACUUAAAGCGGCACUGUCAUGCCGAAUUUACCUUUCUUUAAUCAAUUCCUCUUAUCUCCCUCUCUCAGGAUCUGUUCUUCAUUUCUUCCUGUCUGCUGUAGUUUUCUUUAAAACAUAAGACAAAGCAGGGACUACUUGUCUUAUGGAGGUUUCCUACGCCUGACCAUCUCUGACCAGCGGAGGAGCAAAGUGUGCUUCAUUUCCGGUGGUCAGAGCAAUUUUCCCAUAAUUCUAAGCUUUCCUCCCUGUUCCCGCGAUGCUUCCUGUCAGUAUUGCCGAACGUCCUGUCAAAACUGCCGAAUUGCGUCCUAACAGAAUGAGAACAGUUUCUCUAUUCGUGUUAGGACGCAAUUCGAGACUUUGUUCGGAUCGGAAUUUUAUUCUAAUGAAUGAAACUCCGAUCCUAUUUGUGCCGUGGCAGCAUCUUGCAGUCGCUUAGUAAAUAACUCGUAUUUGGUAUUAGGGAGCUAUCUACCAAAAGGCUGAAAGACCUAAAUUGGUCUUUCAGCCACAGAUUACUUAGUAUUAGUAAAUGCUGCCCCUACUCGCUAUAUCGUGAGUAGGGGCAUGUCCAGUGGCUGCUCACUGUUAAAAAAACAAAAAAAAACAACUAGUAACCCCCAUCCCUGCGCGGCGGGUGGGGGCCCUAAAUAACAAUGGGGGGGGGGGGAAUUGUCCUCCCCACCCCUGAGUGGUGGGUGGGGGUCCUAUAUGAGAAUGUGUGGUGGGGGGGACCGAUUGUCCUCCCCCCGCCAGCCCCCACCCCUGCGUGGCAGGUGGGGGCCAUAAAUAACAAUAAGGGGGUGGGACCUACUUUCCUCCUCCCAGCCCCCACACCUGAGCAGCGGAUGGGGGCCCUAUAUGAGAAUGUGUGGUGGGAGGGACAUAUUGUCCUUCUCCCCUGCCCCUCACCCCUGCGGCGGGUGGGGGCCCUAACUAACAAUAAGGGGGGACACCUAUUGUCCUGACCCCCACCCCUAGGGUCGGUGGGGCCAUGAAUGGAGACCUAUUGUCCUCCCCCACCCCUGAGUGGCAGAUGGGUGCCCUAGAUUAAAAUGUCGCCCCUAGUCACCUCCCCCCCCCCACCCCACACACACAAAUAAUAAAAUAGUGAGGUGGGAAUAAAAUAACUAACUACCUGUAAAAAAAUAAAUAAAAACUUACCAUUUGAUGCCCCAAAAAAGGCCAAAUAAAAACCAUAAUACCCAUCGAACUUGUAAAAAAUCUUAUAAAAAAAAAACGAUGAAGUGUUUAACUGGGCAUGUGUGGGAAUCUCACAGCGCUAUCUAGUGUGGUCAGAUGACGUGUCCCACAAGGACUUCAUCUCCCCACACAAAGGUGGGGCGCCCAGAACAUAGAUCCGGGCACAAAAUAAAGAUAAAAUUAGGUGAUAUUGGGGGGCUUAGGGGCAUUUGGAGGUGAUUAGGGGGUCAGUUAGAUGUAGUGGUGUCGGGAGGGGGGUUAAAAAGAAACGUGAUUCGGCCAUGACCGUGCCGCUUUUAAAGCACAAAAUACUAUAGUAUUAAAAAGAAAAUACGGUAUUCUUGACACUGUAGUAUUUUUUACUUUAUUUAGCUUUGGGGCCCCCUGCCUGAAUCAAAAUAAAAAUUGUGGGGGUAAAUUAUAUUACUUUUUUACAGUGCCAGGGUCCAGUCCCUGCAACUGCAUGACCUGAUAAUAGUCCAAACCAGGGCUCCUCAUAAAAAGCUGUGCUACUUCUGGAGGCUUGCUCUGAGAACAGAGGUUCACUCGGUUCACAUAGUAACUGAUAUGUAUUCUUACUCCAUUGCUGCAAACGAACCUUUUCAUAUAUGCAAGCUUUAUAUUAUGUCACUGGCUUUACAGGCACUGGGAAGAAUAGAGUGUGGAGCUGAUGAAGUUGCGGAAGAUAUGCAGGAAGAUGGGCCAAAACCCAAUGCCGGCAUAUGCCCAUCUGAUAACUGUGAACAAAACGAUGACCACCAACUUUCUCAGAUGCAAGAGUUGGCCGACCUCAUGCAGCAGGUAGUAUGCCUCCUGUUCAUAAUAUUUAGUGGUAGAUAUUUAGAAAAUUCACAGACAUGCGUUCGUUUUUGACAAAUUGUAGCUUAGAUCACCUUUCGGAGAUACAAAAGUAUCUUGUUUACAAACUAUAUUUACUAAUUGAGUUUCUCAUUCAUACUUGUGACUGUUUCUUGCUUAUUCAAUUCUUACAGUUUUCCCUUGAGUUUCUAGAUAUUACUUGUGUAUGCUAGCUUUGUAUUUUUUUCAUAACCUAGCAAUGUGUGUUGGUCUUUAUACAGCUUACUCCUAUUGAAAAGUAUGCAUUACAUUAUCUGGAGCUGUCUCAUAUCUGCAGCGGCAGUCUUCACCUUGGAUGUAUUGAGGUAUUUGGGGAUUUCAAGGGAUUUGUUUGUCUUUGGAAUUUAUUAUUUAUUUAUUUAUUUUUAAAGGAAAAAUGUGUCUUACUUAAAAUUUGUGAUUUUAUUUAUGGGGUCUUUGUGACUUAUAGGGAGAAAAAAAAAAGUUUGUUCAGUGCCAGUUUCAUGUUAUUUUUACAAAAGAUACCUGCCAAGUUGAAAGAAAGAUGCCUGUCAAUAAUGCAACUACCAAAUGUACUGAAGUGUGUAACCACAAUACCAUACUUCUUUCUUAAAUGAUUUGGGUCAAUACAGUAACUGGCAAUAUUGAACUCUAUAAAUGUUGCUAUUAUCAAUAAUAUAGUAGUGACAUCAGGAAGAUACAAUUAAAAAAAUGCUGACAUGGGCUGCACACAGCUUGAUCUUGAAAACAAGAACAGUAUUUUAUUUCACUUUUCUAGAUAAAAUGAAGGUUUACAACCAUUUUAAUGGAUAUAUGAGAAAUAUAUGUUUGAAUUUCCAUGAUGGUUCCAUUCUCUGUUUGUUCUGCAAAGGGCAAUUUAGUGUUUUCUGGUGUUAAAUUAAGAUAUUUUUAAAAUCUUUAAUCUGGGGAAAUUGAGUGUGAUGGAAUUGUUUUUUCUUUUUGUAGGAGCAAUUGAAAGCCGCAAAGCAGGAGUGGGAUUUACAACACCUAAGAGGACUUAAGGGGAGAGAAGAGAUCAUGCAAUGGGAAUCUGAGGAAAGUGAUGAGUUGCUAACCUACACUCGGGAAGAUGCUUAUAACAUGGUAAGAAUGCUGACAAUAGUAACUGAGGGACAAUGCUGGAAUUAGUGGAAUAAUUCAGCUAAGUAAUAUUUCUCUAAAUUCUGAAAAGUAAUUUGGUGAAAAUCAGGCAAAUGACUGCCAUUUAUAUUCAUCCAAAGCUCAGUACUGAGACUGAAUAUAAUGUUGCAGCUUGUGGUAAAAGUUGAUACAAUAUCUAUAUGUAAGUGCAAUGCAAUGAUUAAAUUCAGUAGCUUCACUUCACAUGUUGUGCCAUGUGAAGUGAAGGUAACAAAGUAAUGACUUAAUGACAAUGUGGAGACUGUGAAUAAAGCGAUCUGAGCUGUAAAGGUGGUGGGGGGAGAGCCGAGUUUUGUUAAAGCAACUAAUGUGUUAAAUGUUUACAAUUCAGGAUUUCAUUUACGAUGAACCAGAGGGGCAGACUGAAAUAAUGCCGGUAAGACCUUUUAUGUUUAAAUCAUCAGUUGAGGCUUGAUUGUUUUUUGUUUUUUUUUUGAAUGCGUUGAGCUUUUUUUUUUUGUUUAUUUGUCUUUGCCAGGUUUGGACACCUCCUACCCCACCACAAGAUGAGAAUGACAUUUAUAUUGACUCUGUAAUGUGUUUGAUGUAUGACACCACUCCCAUUCCUGAGUCUAAGCUACCCCCAGUAUAUGUGAGAAAGGAGCGGAAGAGACACCGGACAGACCCAGCAGGUAAUAUAAACACUUGCACAUCUUAGUUGUAAUUGGAGAAAAUGUGUUCCUAUUUGAGUAGCCAAUCCAUUAUCUAAAGUGAAAAAGAACUUUGUUUUGAAUUCACAGAUUGUUAGAAUUCAGCAGUAACAGAGAAAGUGAAUAAGAGGUUGUCUUUUCAGUAAUCGCGGAGGGUUCAGCAGUGUUCUGUUAGCGUAUAGACUUGUUGAUGCUGAAUAUUGUAAAAGGUGUAAAACAAAAGGCAUUUAUCAAUCUUAAACUGGUUUAAUGUUUACCAUCAUUAGCAUUUUUAAGCUUAGGCACUAAUCCACAAUUCACCUCUGUUUUAUAUUUUAGCUGGAGGUCGGAAAAAGAUAAUGAGGCAUGGGGAGUCUGUGGUACCUCCUCGCUCCCUAUUUGACAGAGCUGCUCCCAACCCACUUAAAGUUCGUAAAGAAGGCAAGGAGCAGAAAAAGAACAUCCUUCUAAAACAGCAAACUCAGUUUGCUAAACCUUUGCCGACUUUGAUUAAGCCAGUUAUGGAGACUGGUCCAGAUAAUCCUGAAUGGCUUAUAAGUGAAGACUGGGCUCUGUUGCAGGUAAAAAUGUUUAUCUGAGUAUUUGGGGGGGGGGGGGAAAGUACCACCACCUCAAAGAAUAACAACCUAAACAAGGGAAAGUUUUGUGCUGGUUUUCAUUUUAUGGCAACAAUGUUUAAAAUAAGUGCCCUUAUUAUUCAGUUUUAUUUUUUUCCUGAUGAGUUGAAAUAUAACUUAAUGAGGGUCUUCCACAGGCGGUGAAGCAACUUCUGGAGCUGCCACUGAACCUUACAGUUGUGUCCCCGGCUCACACCCCUAACUGGGAUCUGGUCAGUGAUGUGGUGAACUCUUGCAGCAGAAUCUACCGAUCGUCCAAGCAGUGCAGGAGCCGUUAUGAAAAUGUAAUCAUUCCAAGAGAGGAAGGAAAGGUAAUGUUGCUCUGAUUUGUGCCGUCUCACAUUACCGAGGUCACAUUUAAUUCAUUAUCCACUUGAUAAUCUCACUAGUGUUUAUUAUGAUUAUGGUUUUCUUCUGUUGCACUUUUUCAGUCAACAAACUUUAUGUCCUGUAGAUUGCAAGCUCAUGGAUUUAUAUCCAUUUGUUGAUAGAAAAUAUUUUUUUAAAUUCUUGAUAUGGUUCUCAUAUCUCUGUGCUAUUAUUUUCUGAUCAGUUAAAGAUACUAUUUUAUUGUUUGUAACAAAUUCCAAAACAAGUAAUGUAACAAAUCAUGUCUAAAGUGAAAUUUAUCUGCCAUAUAAAUACCCAAUAUCUGAUAUAUGUCCUGAAUUAUUUUAAAUAAAGUCCGGAUGCCAAGUGUGUCAGUACAAGCCAGGAAUAUACAUUUUCGCUAUGAGAUUACUCCUCAAAGCACCCAACUAUUAUGUGCUGCAACUAAGACACUUCCAACUCUCACACUAGAAGUACGCUAUGAGCCUAGACUCAGUACUCCAGACCACCAGUUGGCAGCAACUAUACACCUGAAUCAGUUUUUCAGAAUAUCCAAAUAUGAAUAUAUUAUUUAUGUGUGUAUAUAUGUAUAUACACACAAAAAUACCUACGUUGUUUUUGUGUUAGGGUUCUCAAUUUCUAUUCACCACUAACCAUUGGCGAGUAGAAAUUCACUCCUGAUGGACUCUAGAGGCUUGCAGUGGCAAGUAACAUUUAAGGUCUGGCUAGUAGCAUAGGAUUUUAAAUUUUAGGUUCUGUUUAUAUAGUUUUGAUAAAAGCUUGUGGCCAAAGCUUUGGACUUAUGGUAGGCCUCUGACAAGAAGGGCGGCAAGGAAUGCCUUUGGUGCCUAAAGAGUAUCAUGCCAGUCUCAUGAUGCAAUACUGUGCUUUGAACCUAUGAUGGCAGUGGAGAUAGAACAAAAAUAAGCAGAGUACAGACACAAAUGAUGUUCGAUUGUGGAUUACCAUUUUAAAGGAUCACUAUGGUGUUAGAAAUACACAAAACUGCAUUCGGAAAACUGAAGUGUUCCUAUGCAUUCCCCCAAUUCCUCCAGGCCUCCACCGCACAGCACUGAAAGGGUUAAAUAACACUUUCACUCACAUUCCCUUGGCACUGGCUCUGUCUCCGCCUCCUCUAAUGUCAGCGCUAGGGUGAACCUAGUGUGCAUGCGUGGUAGACAGCCACUUGAGGCAGUCUUAACACUACAAUGUAAACAUUGCAAUUUCUCUGACGGGGACACUGCACCCAGACCACUUCAAUGAGAUGAAAUGGUCUGGUUUUCUAUAGUUUCCCUUUAAGGACAACAUAGCAUGCCUUCUAGAACAGAGUCCACUGUAACAAAGAAAUGUUCAUUUUCUAACCUUUACUAUUGUUAUUCUUACAGCUGCUAUCAGAUGUCAGUCCAAAGAAGAAAUCAGAAAACAUUUUUAAGGUGUGUAAAGGCAUUACAGCAUGUAAAAAUAAAAUAUAUAUAUAUAUAUAUAUAUAUAUAUAUAUAUAUAUAUAUAUAUAAAAUACAGGGUUUCCUUGCACUCACGCUUGUAGACUGUUGUAGGCCGGUGCUUGUUCUUCCUUGUUUCAUAUGUUUGAUCCUGAUGAAAGUUCCAGACAGGAACUGAAACGUUGAUCUUUUAAAUGGAAUUUCAAUAAACUGUAAGUUUUAAUUCACAAAAGCCAGAGAGUGCUGAUCACUACUUCACUUUAUAUAUAUAUAUAUAUAUAUAUAUAUAUAUAUAUAUAUAUAUAUAUACACACACACACAUAUAUUUAGUUCAAUGUUCAUAAUUUAAAAACAAUAUACAUUAUUCACUUUUUAACUACUGUAGCACUACGUAUUCUAUGUAUCACCAGAUUCUCUUAAGUGUUCCAUCUCCAUAUAAUAAUAGUCUCUAUCAUGCACAAUAUGAAAGUCUCAUUUUAACAUUCUAAUCAUUUCUAUGUAUAAAACUGCUACCCAUUGUGUAGUUAAAAGAUAUUUAGCAAUUAAUAUUGCCAUAUCUUAUCUGUCUCUUGCUUGCAUCGUUCUGUGUGCAAGUGUUUUUCUGACAUGAAAUCCAUUGCAUGUUGUCCUGGAAUGCUUUACUAUAGUGCAGAUUUGUAGAUCUACAUUAGAUUUAAUGGAAUUAUGUGCCUAUUAAUCACUCAGGAUGUUCCAGGUCACUAUAUAAUAUGCAAUUUUUUUCCCUCCCAUUUAAAGAAUAAGCCUCUUCGAACCAGUCAGAUUUAUGCUCAGGAUGAAGGAAUGACUCACAGCCAGUUAUUCACUACCCGUUUUGAUCUGAUGAAAAUGGCUGCUGGAAAACGAAGUCCCCCGAUAAAACCGUUGUGAGUGAUCUUUUUAUAUAUAUUCUUUUUUUCACUUUAAUUAUAUUUUUUGUGUGCAGAAUUAUGCAUUUUAACCCUAUCUUCUCUGCCUCCCCAUUCUAGAAUGCUUCAUUCUUGUCAGUUUACAGUAUUUAUGUAUGUAAUAUACAUACUAUGUAAUGUGCAUAGCACAUGUUUCUGGGAGUUGCAAUUGAACUAUUUUGUUUCAUAACGGCUUCUUUAUUCCUUGUACCUUUUAGCCAGGCAUUCCUGCAUUCCAUUUAUAUCAGGAGAUUUCUGUUUUAUAUACAUAACCUGUUGUGAAACUAAUGAAGCAGUUUAACUAGAAAUCCUCUACUUUUAUCCCUGCUUGUGAAUUUUAGGCUUGGCAUGAAUCCAUUCCAGAAGAACCCAAAGCAUGCAUCGGUUCUAGCAGAGAGGUAACAGAAAAUUGUUUUGAUUGUAAUUUAAGGAGGCACCAUCUAAGAUUUCUCAGUAUGAUAUUCAGUUUCCCCCCCUUUUUAAAUCUUAUUUCUUGGUUUCAUUUUCAGCGGAAUUAGUUAUGACAAACCCAUGCCCCCUGUCCAAAUUGCCACUCUGCGUGCUGACCGCAUUGCCAAGGAAAAGAAGGUGAUCUAUUUGUUCUGUCUCCCUUAAAAAUAUGCUUUUAGUCCAGAUCAUCACUUGAAAGCUGCUUUAUUUUAUUUUCCUUAAAGGCUUUGGUUGAUCAGGUUCGAGCUCAACAGCAGUCUGGUCCCUUACCCCAGCAACUGCAACAAAAUGGGCAACAACCAGCACAGCCCACAACCGUGCAGCCAGCACAAGCUCAGACCCCGACUCCAGUAGCUACUCAGCCGCAACUAGUGGUUCAGCCACAAGCAGCAGCCAAAGGACCAAGCCCUGUCACUACUCUGUCCAAUCCAACACUCCUGGUAAGUCUUGUAGCACCUUUGAUGUUAACGUGUGUGGAUAAGUUGGCUCUUGCAUUGGAAGCAUAUCUGUCUUCAAUGUGGUCUAAAGCCUUUUCACUUGCACAUCAUUGCUGAAUCAGUGUUGUCACUGACUGAGUUGGUGAAACAUGUUGAGACUAAAUUAGCAGUUUUCUCAUGUCUCAAAACUAUGACAUAUCUUGGAAAACAUUCAUUUUAAACUUACUUUAUGUCAUACUUGCUCAGCAUUUUGUAUGAUGUAAGUGCUGGUGAUGCAGGCCUACAGUUACAAGGACAGAUAUUUUAAAAUCCUGUUCUAGUUCAUCGAUUGCUUAACCAUUUGCAUAUUUUCCUAGUGUUGAUCUGGAAAUCAAAUUGCUGCUUGUAUCAGUGAAGAUAUAGUCCUCAACAAUUGCAGUGCCACAAUGUAACUGCUGAGGACUCAUUUACAAUAUUCAGAAGUCUGUAUAUCUCUAUGCUGUUUAAUUGAUUAAAUGUUUUCCUCCUAAAAUUGUGUGUUUCAAUAUUAUUUCUUGUUUGAAUAUUUUUUUUUGUUUAAAUAGUUGUCUACAAUGUCUUAUUUUGGUGUGCUUUAAAUUUCUCCACGUCACUGAUGUGAUUACUCUUUGAUUAACAGACAGGCACGAUAAAGGCUGCUGUACCAGGAACCACUAUAGCUACUGGUAAGAUAUGUUAUGGACAUGGCAAAAAAUAGAAUUCGUUUUUUUGUUCAAGGCACUUUUUUAUUAAAUUAUAUGCGUAAUACAUGUGCUUUGCUUAUGCAAUGGAGAGACAGUAAAAUUUGUGGUUAACAACAAGUGGACUUUCUAACUGUUUGGAAUUGGCUGACCUGAUUUAGGGACCAGCUUUCUAUAAUGCUUUUUUCCUACAUCCCACUUCGCUGAGAUACCAGAGACAAUUUUGAGCUGUAUGCAUUAUCAAAACAUUUUUUUAAUUUUAGUCUUCGUGUAGCAAUGCACAGCAAAAGCCUUUUUGCAUCUCCAUGUACAGCUAUAAAUAUUCAAUUGAUAAAAAAAUUGUUAGUUGUCCAGAAAUACAUAAAUUUAAUUUUAAUGCUUUUGUCUUCAUUAAACAAGAAAAGUGUUUAGUUCUUUUCAGUCCAUCAGAGCGUAGUUGAUUUCUGGGUUGUACGACAUGAUAAUAAGCACUGAUACUGAUGUUUUAGAUAAUGAAAACAUUUGAAAUAUAUUCUAUUAGCCUGGAUGGUUUGACCAGAGGAACUAGGCAGGUUUUUAUUUUUUAUUUAUAAUAUCUGGUAUUGUUUUUUUAUCUGCCAAAACAGAAAUUAAAAAUUGGAAACCAAAUGCGAUCUAUUCUUUUAUUGCAAAUUAAAUGUGAAUUUAAAUCCUGUAAUCUGAUCAUUACAUGUGUGACGUGUUCUGCUUAGCUGCACAGAAUAUAAUUUUGUUUUCCUUGCCAGGAACAGUCAGUGGAAAUGUGAUUGUGAACACAGUAUCGGGUGUAUCGCCUGGCACAUUUCAGCCUAUUAACAAGCGUGUUGUGACUCCAGUGGUGAGCGGUACAGUUUCAGUAAGUAGUGCAGAACCUAACCAAUUGCCAGUCCUAUAUUAUGCUUCGAUUUUAUAUUUUUUGUUCAGCUAUUUUUAAUGAUUUCAUAUUUUUGGAUAAACUUUUAAACUUGUAUUAUCAAAAUGUAUGCGUAUUUAUAUAAUUUGUUUAGCAAAAUAAAAAAUAGUUUAAGAAAUACAGGAAUAUAGUGUUCCUUUAAAUCAUUUUAAAAUCUCAAAUUAAGGCCAGAGUUGUAGGAAUUGGUUAAAAUGACUCAUCAACUCAUUAGGGUAUUUUUUGGGUUCUCAUGAUCUUUUAAAUUUCUGGUUUAAGUUAUAAAACGUGUGUAUGUGUGUGUGUGUAUAUAUAUAUAUAUAUAUAUAUAUAUCUCUCUCUCUCUCUCAUGUAUAUAUCUCUCUCUCUCUCUCUCUCUCUCUCUCUAUAUAUAUAUAUAUAUAUAUAUAUAUAUAUAUAUAUAUAUAUAUAUAUAUAUAUAUAUAUAUAUCUUGAUAUAUAUCUAGAUAUAUAUCUAGAUAUAUAUAUAUAAAUAUAUAUAAAAAAAUUUAAAUAGAAAAUACAAACUAAUCUGUCUAAGAACUACAAAUAGUUAAAACACAGUAUCUUCAGUACAUAUAUUUGAAAAUACUGUACCCAUUAAAAAAAGAAACAAGAUCUCCAGAAAGGGUGGUGGGGGGCAGCAGAACAAGAAUCCCACCAGCUGUUUACUUCUCUAAUCAAGGUAAAGUGAGUUGAGUCAGAUAUUGUGUCCAGAUGUUAUUGUAAAGGUGGGAAAAGUCAUGAAACUGGACUGAGAGUUACACCAUGCCAUAACGUUAUUCUUCUUCAAUAUUUAUAAUAUAUUUUGUUCCCCUAGUUAUAGGGGCGGUUGUAUAUUUAUGUUGUUUUUUUUUUUGUUUUUUGCUUAUGAAGCUAUCAUUUCCUUGCCAGGCUGUGACUACUGCUCAAAUGGGGCAGCAGAGGACAGUGGCCACAACACCCACUGUGCCUACAGAGAUGGUCACUAUAGCUACUAGUCAAGGGGUUCGAGCAGUGACUCCUGUAACUGGAGGUACAGUGGUUUCUACCAAUCUCACUACUGUGCAGACCCAAGCCAGAGCCAUAGUAACACAGGUGACUACAGGUAAGAUAGCUUGAAUUUUGACUUUGCGGAAUUUUAAAUAGAAUACACUUUAAUGUAAUUGUUUGGUCAAUAACAUAGCUUCUAAUUUUAUUAACAUUAACUCCCAACCCACUCCCCUAUAUAUUCAUAUUCCCUUUUCUCCCUUCUCUUUCUGUACUCUUUACUCUAGCGACCACUGCUGGGGUUCAGCUGGCCGGUAAAAUAACACCAGGUCAGUUUCAGCUUUUACGACAAGGGCAGGUCACAGUUCCACAGAUCCAGGCUCAAGCACAAUCUCCAGGACAGAUAAAGACUGUUGCAAAGAUAUCUCCAGUGAGUAACAAUGCACGGAUUAUUGAACCACUAGGUUUAUGCAUUUUUUGUUUUCCGUUUAUAAUAGCAACACAUUAUCAAAGUCAGUAAGUAUUGUGUUGUAUCAUUACCAUCACUUUUCUUAUUUAGUUGGUAAGCUUGAAGGCAGAACUGUUAUUAUAUACUUAGUGCUUCUAGCUGUAAACAUAUGAUUAAACAAUACGAACACAAAUACCUUUUAAUAAGAAAAAUAUGCAUUUUGUCAUUAAGCUUUAUUUAAAAAAACGCCUUGCACAAACAAUCUCUUUCUGCAAUAUUUGCAAGCCCUCCCAUUCUUCUAUGGCUGUCCAAUCACAGAUGCCCUAAUACAGUUAAUUGAGAAAUAUUUGCAAGGCAGGAUUUGCAAUUGCCUGCCUAUUGUGGUUAUAUUCACUGAGCUAAACAAACCAGAAGUAACAGUACUAGUUGUCUAAUUGACAGCUAGUGGGUGUACAAAUGUUAAUCUAACAAGUGACAGUUUUAUUGAAAUCUGCACUUUUUCUAAAAUAAGAAACGGAGGACAUAUUUUUCACACACAAAGGAUUUCUGCAUGCUAAAGUGCCAUUGGUAUUUUGUGCAUAUUGUAUAAAAGAUGCUGCCUUUUCUUUUUGCUUCUGCAGACUUAUAAACAUAAGUGCCUAUGUGAAUUAACCCCUUAAGGACACAGCUUCAAAAGCUAGUGUUACCCUUAAGGACACAAGCCUUUUUUUUUAAUUCUUUGCUGUUUGUUUUCAAACGCAAUUUGCAUCUCUGUAAUUUAUUGCACCAACACAUAUUACAUAGAAACAUAGAAUGUGACGGCAGAUAAGAACCGUUCGGCCCAUCUAGUCUGCCCAAUUAAUAUUAUAUACCGUUUUCUGAGAGGGCAAACAGGGCUUUCAUUUGAUGUCACAUAUACAUAGAUAAAUUCUCAAUAAUUAUAAUAAAAUGCCAAAAAAUGGGAAACAAAACAAAAAUUUUUUUAUUUUUUUUUCACAGUUUUGGCAAUAGUAAUGUAUGUAUAACUUACCGGUAUUUUGAAAGUUACAGGUCACAAAAUACAAGGACUAAAAUAAAAUUUAAAUGUGAAAGUUUUAGAAGUUGGUAUGUUUGUCUUGUAGGUUUAGUAGCCAUCACAGAAAACAAAAUUGCCACACAAAAGUAUAUAUUUAUAUAAAGUAGACAUCACAGGCUAUUUACCGAAGGUUAGUUGUACACUUUUUACAUAGUCAUUUCAUCGCCAAUCUCUGCUAAAUAUUGGAGUAAAAUUGUGUUUUUUCUCUAUUUUGGCAUGUACACAUAUAACAAGGUUUUUGUAAUGUGUAUUUCGUAAAGCUGAUGUGUGCUAUUCCUGCAAAGGACCCCAUAUCGUUUUCAGUUACAUCUACUGAGUGCAACAAUACUCCCAUUGUAUGCCUUUGGCACUAUUCUGUAAAGCUACAAUGCCAUAUAAGAGACAAGGCUAUUUCAAUUUCUAUAGUUAGAAUUUUUGUAGAUGGAUUUGACGGGCCUAUGUCUCAUUUUAGGGUAUUAUAGCAGUGUGACUGUUCAAAUAACCCCACAAAGGACUUUCAUUUGAUAAAGCAGACACCCCAGGGUAUCUUAUAUGGUGUAUAUUGUGCCUCAAAUUGUCACAAUUUUUUCACCAAUUUAUGUCAGUGUUUGUGGUGAGGGGGAAAAAAAUGCAUUUUUACAUAUAUGUUGCAUUUUUGCUGAGUAUUUCUUACACUUGAUAUGUACCACUGUUAUAAAACCCCCCAGAUUGUGCUCAGUUACAUCUUCUAAGUAAAACAAUAUGCCCAAUGUAUGACCUAGACACUAUUUUGUGACGUUACAGUGCUGUAAAAGAGACGUGACAAGUUCAGGUUUUUAAGUGUGAAUUUUCAUGGAGGGUUUUGAUGCAUUCGUGUCCCAAUUUGGAGCACUUGAGCAAUCUACAUAUUCCAACUACACCAUAAAGGCAUACCAUUUCUUAAAGAAGACAUCUCUGGGUAUUUCAAAAAGGAUAUUGUGAACCUUAGCGUGGGAUCAUUUUUCUGCCGGCUUGUACCAAGUGUAGUGGUAAUAAGCAUUUUUACUGCCUUUUUGACACACAAAGUGAGUUGCACGGUAUAUUUUGCAAACCUUUAUGUGUGCUACGACUGUAUAAUACUUCAUAUGUUACUCAGCGAUGUCAUCUGAGUACAGCAAUACCCCCGUAUGUACCUUUGCCAGUUAUAUGUGGACAUUGAAGGGGCACAUUUGAAACACAGCCAUUCCAGUUUUUUUUCAAACUUUUAAUUUGUACGCUGUGUCUAUGUUUCAUGUCGGAGUAGUUUAGCUGCUUGGUUAUUCAUACUUCCCCACAAACACAUACUAUUUAUUAAAGAAUACACCCUGCGGUAAUUCAAAAGGCAUAAUUUGAAACUUGGUGUGGGAUCAUUUUUUCUCUAGUUUGUUCCAGGUGUAGUGGUAAUGAGCAUUUUUUUAUGUAUUUUUUGAAACUUUUUGUACUUUUGAAAACUCAUUUUUAAUAUUUUUUUUUUUUUUUACUUAUUACAUUUUUUAAACUUUCUUAAAACUUUACACAUUUAAAAUUUGUAUAAACUUUUUUUUUUUUACCGUUAACACCUAACUAGCAGUAAGCAGCACUAACAGUAAAUUCCCAAAUUUCCCAUAACUUCCCUCCACCCCAGCUAGCAAAAUAUAUAAUUUUUUAAAUAUUUAAAUUAAUUAAUGAAAUAAGUUAACCCUCAGGGGUUAAAAAAAAAAUCAGAUCACAAUAUAAUACUGUGAUCUGUAUUUUGAUCACUGUAGGUAGUGAUCAACUGGCAGGGAAGGGGCUAUUUUUUUUAUUAGGACUGGGUCAAGGGGGGGGUUGGAUUUUUAAACUUUUUUUUUAUUUUUUAUUAUUAAACAUUAUUAAAGGAUCACUAUAGGGUCAGGAACACAAACAUGUAUUCCUGACCAUAUAGUGUUAAUACCACCAUCUAGCCCCCCUGGGCCCCUCAUGCCUCCAUAAAUAUAGUAAAAAUCUUACCGUAUUCAAGCCAGAAGCUGUAACUCUGCAUGCUGUUAGACUCAGAAAAACAAGCAGUCUGCUGACAUGUGGUAGCCUGAUAAAAUCACAGUGCUUCCCCAUAGGAUUGGCUGAGACUGACAAAGAGGCAGAUCAGGGGCAGAGCCAGCAUGAUUCAAACACAGCCCUGGCCAAUCAGCAUCUCCUCAUAGAGAUGAAUUGAAUCAAUGAAUCUCUAUGAGGAAAGUUCAGUGUCUGCAUGCAGAGGGAGGAGAUACUGAAUCACAGGAUGCUGUUCACAGUGUUAGGCCAAUGGGAGUGCGUGUCUGCUCAUACAAGAUACUUUUUUUUCUCCCAUGCUAAACUUCCACCUCUCUGUAGAUGUAUUUUUCUACACAAUGUUGGGAAUUGUAGAAAAAUCGUCAUUCCCAUAAUACUUUCUUAUUUUGUUGUUUCAACAGGAGCAGUUAAUGAAGUUGCAGAAGCAGAAACUUCAGCUUUCCCAACAGGUGGCUCAGGCAGGCACACUGACUGGCACCACAACGCAAAUGCAGGUUCAGCCACAGCAAGCCCAGCAACUUGCCACAGUUACAGCAUCCCGUGCUGGGACUGUCCUUACUGGAACAACUAUGACAAACCUGCAGGUGGCACGUCUGGUAAGCACAUAGCAUAAGCCUGAAGGAAUGUAUUGUUAGAUUAGCUUCAUUUGCACAUUUAAAUCACAAAAUACCUGUCAAUUUCUGUCCAAAGUUGCAGGCCCAGGGACAGAUCCAAGCUCAGCCAGGACAAACUGCGCAAGUUGCAUUGGCAAAACCACCUGUAAUGUCAGCAGUCAGUGUCUCUUCGGGGGGAGUCACCACACUCCCUGUUACUGUAGCAGGAAUCAGUGUUUCAAUCAACCAACCCCAGAAAGUAGCAGGUAUAGUACAAUAACAGAUCAGAAAAGCUUCACACAGUCUACUCACUUCAUAUCUGGAUGAAGAGCACGACUGUUGACUUGUUUCCAUAAAAGUGGAUAUGUAUGUUUUGUUGUUUUUAUUUAUUUUUCUAUCUUUUUUUAGGAAUGAGUUAGCCUUUUAAACAUUUGAUUUGCAUUUCAGCCUGUGUGAACUAACCUUUUCAUAAUUUAGCUGGUUUCUGUUCACAAUUUCUGAAGGGGCAGUUAGGCUAUAUUCUCUUUUUAUAUAUUGUUUAUUGUAUGUAUACCAGACUGUAGAUAUAUCAUUUGAUUAUUUAGGUGGACAGACUGUCAUGGCACAACCGUUGCACAUGCAACCACUGCUCAAACUGAAACAGCAUCAUACCACCCAGCAGCAACAGCAGCAAAAAGCUCUUCAAUCACAGACUACUUUGGGGCAACAGAAGGUAAGAUACACAGUGUGCAUUUGUGCUUCUCUCACAUUAUGUGGUUUUGUUAUUAUAAUUAUGAUAUUCUAAUUGAAUCUAGUAGUACAUUUAAUUCCUUCACUGUUGAAUCCUGGGUUGCAUAUUACGUUCUUGGUUUAGUUAUAGUUAUUGCAACAUCACGUAUUUAAUAAGCGUUGUACCCUUAACCUAUGCAUAUAUUUAUAUCUCCAUCGGUAGUCAUUGUGUAUGGACCCAGCUUUAAUUUUUUCCACUAUGCUAUAAAGAUACAGAAUGCUUCAGUGUAUAUAUCUUUGUUUGACUGGCAGCUAAGUUCAUCUCUUCCUGUCUACUUCUUUUUCCCUGGGCUUUUCAUGCUCAGCCUUACCUUUCCCUCCAGAUAACUACACCUCAAGUUUCCACUGCUUCUCAGCAACAAAAGGUCACCUACACCAGCCAGCCAGCCAUUAAAACUCAGUUCUUAACCACCUCCUUAACUCAGGCUCAGAAGGCUGCAGGGACUCAGCAAGUGCAAGCUCAGAUACAAGUACGUGUGUGAAAGCAAAAUUGUGGAUAAUGGUUGACCACAUUGUGUAAUUACACUGUAAUAUAAUGUUAUUUAUAUACUUGCAGUUUAAAAGAAGAAAUGAAAAUGCUAUAAAAUCUACUUCCAUUUUGUUUUCUAGCGUUGGUACUCUGCAUACAGCAUGUUUGCACAAUUAACUCUCUGUUUAGAAUACAACUUAUAAUGCAUUUCAGGCAAAAUGCUAAAUGCUGCAUGUCCAGAGUGUAACCCUUCUGUAGCUCCAUAUCAUUCGGUGUGUCAUUGGCCAUCCCGGAGCUAGAGUUCAGGGCUGGCUAAUGUCAAUUCUUUAUAAAUUUCAUAGCACAGAAUAUCAGUAUUGAUUUAGAGUGGUCAGCGGAUGCUCUCAUGUCCAUGGAUGGCGAUGCCUGUGGGGACCCAGUUAAGGGGGCAAACUGUUGUUACUGGGCAACCAUGGCAGGGUACUCCUGGCGUCAUAGCGAGCUGUAGUGGUUACGAUGCAUUAGAGUAACCAUUUAAGCAUGCACCAUGGGACGGUAAACAGUAGUAAGAUUUGUUAAUAUCGUGGUUUAAGGUCUUUUCUACAUGUGUGUUAAAGGGACACCUUAGUCACUGUAUCUGCUUCAUCUCAUUAAACUGGUUAUAUUGUCUGGAGUCUUAUGGUCCCAUAAUUUCUAUCAGCAUUAAACAGUUUUUAAAGUUUUAAUGUUUUAAUGCUAAACAAGAGUGCCCGGCAAUCCAUCCCCUCUGUGUUGCUUUGGCUAAUAAGGAAGUAUUAGCCUGAGCAGAAAUGGGCAGCUGAGGGUGUCAGCUGACUGCUUUUAGCCUGUCAGAGUUCCAACUGACGGUAUGAGUGGGUAUGACAACAAGGAAGUGUGUAAUCUCUGCCUUAGCUACACAUACUGAAGGGGCCGUACUGUGGGUGGCCUGGGACUCUUAUUUUGUGGCAUACUGCACGAACAUAGUGCAACACUGAAUGGAGGGACAGUACCAGGGUACUCCAGGCACUAUAACCAAUUCAAAGAGAUGAAAUGCUUAUAGUGACUACAGUGUCCCUUUAAUGAAAUGCCCCAAACAACUAAAGCACUUUAGCUUGCUGAAGUGCUUUGUGUGUGAAGAGGAUUUCCUCUGCUUUUAAAAAGUGCAGCUUUCAAUAGAAAUGGACCCUUUAAUAAAUUAACAUUGUUAUACCUCACUGGCAGUCAUUAAUACAACUGGUCCUGUUCCUUACAGGUUGUUUAACUUAGUGGCCCCAAAGCUAAAUAAAUUGGAAAACACUCUAGCAUUAGGAAUACAGGUUUGUAUUUGGAACGCUAUAGUGUUUUUAAGUACUGAAGAAUCAAAUUAAAGGAACACUCCAAACAUUUGAAGCUUUUUAGCUUGAUGAAGUGCUUUAGGUGUGAAGAGUGUGUCCUCUUCAAUAGAAAUUGUAAAAUUUUCCAAAUUAACCCUGGUUGUCAAUCAGACAACAGGUCAUGGUUACUUAGCUCAGUGGAUUUAAACACAAGAGGUGGAUAAGUGCCCAGAGCACCUGCAUUGCCAAUGCUUCUCACUGAGCUCAUUGGGGAAGUCUGUAAUUGGACAGCCACAGUUAUUCUAGACUGGGUUUGAAGGGGAGGACUUGCAAGCUGUUUUUAGAUACACCCAUAUUUAAAAUAACACAUUUCCAGAUGCGUUUUCAGAUCCCAACAUGGCUUUUUAUUUUCAUCUAAUCACUGUCAUAAUUAUUUACUAACCUCUAAAUAUUCCAAGGCCUUCAGGGUAGAUUUGUAGUAAUCAAUCCAAUAUGUAAGAUAAGUUAUGAAAGUACUUAACUGGAUAUACGAUCAUUCAUAAUUUACAAAUCUUCCUCUUCUUUUCCUGGAUGCAUUCCCAUUCAGAGCUGUUUUGAAUCACCCGAUUAGCCCUAAAAGUGCCUACAGUAGCUCAAAUUUCAGAAAUUCAUUCCUGAAUGAUUUGUGAGCUGUUUAACCCAAAUCAAUAUUUGUCAGCACAGUCAAUAAAUUGGUUUAAAUAAAUACACUAAGACAAAUUACAGUAAAAUAAUCAAUAGUGGACACACACCUGCUUUAUUAUUAACCCUCACAUCACUGCCUAUAGCAGAGCAAGGUACUUCAGAUAUUGUUGACUACAUAUACCCUGAUGCUUUUCCACAUUUAUGCUACAUUAUAGGAGAUGUAGUUCAAAACAUCUGGAGUGCCAAAGGUUGCCUAUCCUUGGCCUGUAUUCAGUUGAAAAUGAUGAGUUGUACUUGAAUAUCAUUCCAGGUCUCAGCACUGUGAACUAGUAUCUGCCAUCUAGAAUCUACACUAGACUUGCACAUUUCAUUAAUUACUGCAUGGUUAUAAACAAAAGUGUGAGGGGAACAGGAGAGAGAGGAUAUUGGUAGAGUAUCCUAUGGAGUGGAAUACCCCACUAGAUGCAGGAAACAGUAAGGGUACAGUAGAGAACUUAACGUGUAACCUUAAUGUGUGAAUAUUAAAACUUAACUUUUAAUGAUACAUUUCUAAUAUGUAAAAACUGUUAAGCGUCAACACUCAAAACACUAGUGUGUAAAACAAAAAAUAAAUAAAUCAAAUAGAAUAAAAUCAAUACUUGCAUAAAGUACCCCACAUACGUGAGGGGACUAUUGUCUAAACUGUGCGUGGUAGCUGUAGCUUUAAGACAAUAAGUCCAGUGUGUCCAGUAGUAUCUGGGAGUCCCAGCCAGGUAUUUACCAACACUUGUCUGGGAUAUUAUUGUCUAAACUGUGCACAGGUUAGACAAUAAACCCCCACUAUUCAUUUUGUUUCAACUUGCUGCUAAUCCCAGACAAUUGUGUCCCAAGUGUUGGAAACACCUUUCUGCAGCCCCCAGAUACAAGUGGACUCUCUUUACCCGGCCUUUUGUCUUUAACUAUAGCAUCCAUGCACAAUUUAGACCAUAAUCCCCACUACAAAUGUUUGUAUCAAAUUGUGACAUAUCCCAGACAAGUGUUGGUAAAUACCUGGCUGGGACUCCCAGAUACUACUGGACUUAUUGUCUUAAAACUACAGCUACCACGAACAGUUUAGACAAUAGUCCCCUCACAUAUUACUUUAUGCAAGUGUUGAUUUUAUUCAUUUAUUUUUUGUUUUACACACUAGUGUUUUUGGGUGUUGACUCUCAACAGUUUUUACAUAUUAGAAAUGUAUCAUUAAAAGUUAAGUUUUAAUAUUCACACAUUAAGGUUGCACGUUAAGUUCUCUACUGUACCCUUACUGUUUCCUGCAACUAGUGGGGUAUUCCACUCCAUAGGAUACUCUACCAAUAUCCUUUCUCUCCUGUUCCCCUCACACUUUUGUGCAUUAUUAAUGAAUUCAUUUCACUAGGGGUUAACCCCCACUCAGGAGAUAAGCUACUGCAUACCUUCUAUCUUUAUGUUUACUGCAUGGUUAGAACUUACAAAGCUACUAAACUUAAAAAAAAAAAAAAAAAAAAAAAACAACCUUCUGGUUCUUUGACAGAAGUAAAUGUGAUUGAAAUAAGAUAGACACCCAGAAAUGCAUGAACGAUACAAACCACUGUAUUGUCUGCUAGAACUUUUAUUCUUUACACUACUGAAUUGAUAUCUCUAAAUGCUGCCAUCAACAGACUUCCUUACUAGGAGCCCUUAAACGGACACUCCACUGCCCAAAUACAAUAUAAACAAAAAUCCAUAUUUAGUAGAUAUAUUCCAAAAGAAAACUUGCAUGCAUUUUAUUAUGUAUUUUUUUCAUUGGGGGUAUAUCUAAGAACAGCUUGCAACAGCUGCAGUUCUAUUUUCUGAAGACUUUGCAAGCUCUCCUCUUUUAACCUUAUCCAGGCUUUCUGUGACUGUCCAAUACAGCUCAAUGAGAAGUCUUUGUAAGUCAGGUGCUUUGGGCAAUUGCUGCCUCUUGAGGUCAGCUGCAUUGAGCUAACGAAACCAGGAAGUAAAAUUACCUGUUGUCUGCUUCAAAGCCAUGGGAGUGUAACAAAGUUAAUUUAUAAAAGUGUCAAUUUCUAUUGAAAUCUGCACUUUUUUUGCAAAAUGAAAAUAUAGGACACACUCUUCACACAUAAAGCUUUUCAUAAAGCUAAAGUUGUUUAGAGGAAGUGACAUUUAAAUAAUGUCCACUGUACCAAUUUCAUACACAAAUGAACCUUUUAAACUAUAUUAACAGAGGAUGUGACUGCUAUGUCCAAAUAUUCCUCUUACUACUGAUGCUACAUGUGCACAGCCUUACGUUAAAUUCUGUCCACAUCACAUUGCCAUAUGAUUGUUUUUUUUGUUGUGUUAUUGCAGGUUGCAAAACUUCCUCAGGUGGUUCAACAACAAGCAGCGAUUGCUACUCUUCAGCAGGUUGUGUCUGCAUCACAACAGGUAGGAAGAAAGAGCCUUUAAUGUACCAUUGGAUGGAAUUAUUUUGUAUCAUCAGCCUGUUAAUGUUGUGCAUCUGCUACAAUUCUUUUCAAGCAAAAACUGCAUUGUGUGAAUGUAACAGUUCCUUUUUAGGAGUCUUACUUAGAUACAUUGGAAACACCUGACAUUCAUAGUGUCCCACUUUGUUUAGAAAAAAAACAAACCUUUUCUUCUUUGCCCAAUAUUUAUUUUGUGUUUGCUUUCUUCUGAAGGUCCAGCCACAGACUGUGACUCUGACCCAGGCUACGGCCACAGGUCAGCAACAGGUUCAGGUCAUACCAGCCGGUUCAGCAGCAGCACAGGUUGUACAGCAGAAAUUGCUCCAGCAGCAGGUGUUGGCAGCGGCGGCAGCAGCAGCUUCUCCACAGAUACAGGCCUCUGUCAACCAGACAACAGCAGUAUCAACAGUUACAACAGAUGUACAGAAUCAGCAGGCAAAGCUGCAAGUUCGGACACCUACUGUCAGGAUCAAAGCACCCACUAAACCGAGCUGAGAACCAGUUGGAAUAGGUUGAUCGUAGAUGGGGAACAAUAUUAGUUACAUGUGAAUCGUAGUUCUGGUUAUGUGUGGAAUCCUGCUCCACAGACUAAGAAAAGACAAGGCAAACUUUCAUUUACUUCAGGGAAUACUUGUAUUAUCACAAUCCAUUGACUGAAAAUGCAGGCACAUAGAUAUCCGAAAAGAAAUCUGAUAUUUUCAGUAGCUCAUGGCUAGCGCGCUGGUUGUGUGAAUGCAGAUAAUGUACAUUUUUAUUCCCUAAAAAUCAUACAAUACCUGAUUGUUAUCACACGUGUACAUACAGUUUUGGAUUAUGUUUUGCUGGCUGUAGGAGCCUGAAAAUUUUAGGCUGCAAAAUUUAUAUUGUACAUACAUUUUUAAUGUAUGGAUAAAGGCGACUGACACUGUAUUUACAGUAGCACAAAUCAAUAUUGUAUGCAACAGAGCUUGGCAAUUCAUUAUUGCAAGUGUAUUUGUACAUACAUGUAUUUGGAUGAAUUGUGUGCAUGCAUGUGCACUUAUUAGACUACACAGACUUAAUGCAAUCCCAUCCUUUGGUGGUCAGAGAGGAAAAAGCCAUAGCUGGAAUAACAGGUAUCACUUCCGUGGCCUUUGUGGGUGUAAAUGCCAGUGUCAAUAUAAUUAUUAGACACCACCCACCUCUAAUUUUCAUAGGGGGCCAUUAUAAAGGAACUGCUUCAGAAUCAGGUUUAAAAAAAAAAAAGACAAUACAGAGUAUAACUUGGACAUCUUUGCUAUUUUUAUACAAAUAAGAACACUUCUGUGCAACCUUUUUUUUUUUAAAGAAAACUAUAGCGUUCAUCCAAUAUUAAACCUUUUCUGCAAGGGGAACAACUCAUUGGUUUCAGCUAAUGGAAUCUGUGGCAUUUUCCCUUCUUUGAUAUGUGUUAACAGUUUGCGGUUUUAAUUUUUAUUGCACAAUUAAUUGGACAACCGUUUGUUACUAAAAUGUAAUUUAUACCUUUUUUUUUUUUUGCAGUAGCAAAUGUCACCUCUUCCUUAUGUUCUUUUGUACAGUUCAAAUUCUGUUUUAUUAUAAUAAUAUAAUUAAAAAAAAAAAAAAAAGUUACCAUCAUUAUGUUUAUUGCCUAUACACUGGGUGUCAUCAUCAGUAUGUUCUAAUAGGAUUAGAGAAAUUCUCAGUCUGACAACUUUUAUUGGAAUGAAAUUCCCACCAUUAAUCUAGAGCUGAUAGACGUUCUAGUCCAGCAAAAGUUUGACAACCAUUGUGUGUAAUACCGUAGUUUGGAAACUGUGAGCACUGUCCAAGUUGAACAACUCUAACAUUAAAUGCUCUGUUUCAGUUAGAACACUCUUGUACAGUAACAUCUGUUUAAUGUUACAGCCAGGUAUAAGCAGAACUAGUCAAUGUGGUCAAACUUAGAGGGUUAAGCAAAGCUAUUGAUAUAUUUUUGGUAUGUCAUUAGUUCAUAGGUAAGACCAUUCUUUCACCCUUCCAAAGAUCAGAGGUGCAAAAUGUUUACGUGAACAUCCAAUAUUUGAAUUGUAUACCAUUUCAUUUUCCUGUGGCUGGUAUUAUUUUUCCAAGAUAUUUUUAUUUUAAAAUAUGCUAUGUGCCCGUGUGACUUAUUUUCUUUAAAAAAGUGUAUGUUUUACUGUUAGUAGCAUGUUUUCUCCCACAACUAUAGUAUGUGCAUAGUGAGUUUAUAAUUGUAACCAACACUUGG